GCUAGUUCGACCAGCUGCAGAUAUUAUAUUGUUUUAUUUGUCGUUGUCGGCUACCAUAAUAUUAUCAUAGAUAUAGGUACCAGAGGUACCUAUAUUUACUCUUCACGUCUAUAGUAUAGAUAAUACCUAUAAUAUAUAUAUAGUGUCAUACACUCGACGCGGGCGUGAGAUUACGUGAAUUGUACGUGCCGGCGAUAAUAUAAUAAUAAAUUAUAAUAAAAAAAUCUUCUAUUAAAAACAGAGGGAAAGAAUAAAAGCUAUUGAAAUAUUUUGCGAUAUUGCACGCACAUAGUUAUACGCCCGUCAACAAGUGUGCGGUGCGGUAUAAAAAUCGUUUGUCAUCUCCGGGAACUUAUCUCGAGUGUAUGCGCCGCCGUCGUCUUAAAGGAUUUUUUUCCCCGCGUCCGUCCGCUAUAAUUUCGAUACCCGAUGGCGGUCGUCACCUGCGCCGUAACCGCCACAGCUAUGAUGUUUUCCGCUGCGUUCGAAUUCACCAUGGUGUCCGUCGUCAUGUUCGUGUCCAGCGCCGGUGCGGCCGUAGCCGUCGCUGCUGUUAUCGCGUACACAGUGUAUAACAGGCUCAAUAGGUGAGUGAAUACAGACAUUAUUACCUACUAUAGUUAUCAAUCCUAAGUCGGACAGCAGUUGACCGAUCUUUUGGUUUUUAACUAGGUUUAGUUUAGGUUAUGAGUUAUCCUCGACGAAAACAAAAAAUUAACUGAACUGAGUUAUUAUUAAUUUUAAAAUAUAUAAUAUGAGUUUAAGUAGGUAAACUAAGUUGAAUUACUCAUGUUCAGGAAAAUAAUAAAUUAAGUUCAGUUAAAAGUUGCUUUUAAAAAAAAAAUACAACAAACUACACUACGUACUUUUAACUUUUUUACCAUAGUUACUACUCACUGCCCAGUUUUGAUUAUUAUCACUCGCGAAUUUUUCCUCCAUCCGCGCUAUAAAAUACUCGUUUUAUGAAUGUAAACCAAUUUCCGUCAAAUUCGUGAAUAUCGCAAUAACACUGGGCUUUACUUGCAUACACUACUAUCUUCUUUUCUCACUCGAUCAGGCCUAUGACUGAUGGAACGGUUAGGUUCGGUAUGGUAUGAUAUGGUAAAAUAAAUACAUUAAAUUGGAGUAAAAUUGCUGGUAGAAAAGUUGUUCACAAAAAAAGCCGUAAUAUUUUUUUACUAAUAUAUAUACGCAUAUUUCGUUCAUUUUACCGUUUUUAUUCUGCUUUUUCACGGUUUUUUAAUUUAUUUGGAAAACUCCUGGGAAAAUCAAAUAAUAAUCUCCCUAAAAUACCACCUCAGUCAGAUUCCUUUCAGAAAAAGUGCUACAUUUGUAAAACGGUUUUUUUUCAAAUUACGGCGAAAUGAUUUCAUUAAGUAUUUUUAAUUUUUUACGGCUUUAUGUUUUUACCAUAAAUAUUGCUUCAAUUUAAAAACAACAAAAGAUCUAUUUUGUUGAUAUUUUAAUUUGGUUGGUGACGAAGAAAGUCGUUGUUUAAGUUUCUUUGUAGUUUUUUUUAAUAAUUGAGGGAAACUGAAAAAUACGUAGAAAUUACAGGAAAAUUUACAAAAAUAAUUCUAUUAUUAUUUUAAAUUUUAUUUUUUUAAUAUAAUCCAGUUAAAAAUAUUCGUAGGAACUUGAAAUUUUGACAGAAACUAUAUUUACUUUUUAUAGACGUGGUAAAACUUUCAGAACUUUUGAUACAUUUUUGAGCUAUUUAUAGAUGUUUUAAUUUUAUGAGUUUUAACGUAAUUUUUAUUUGAUAGAAGGUUCAUUAUAAGUCGUACUUAGUGGUAAAAAUAAAAAUAAAAUUAUUUAAUACAGUAUUUUUUUUUUCAUAAGAGUUUAAUCCAAUUUUAACGAAAAUUGUAAAUAUUACGUUCUUUCAAAAUAUGUAUAAGCGAACAUUGCUCUGAAUUGUUUUUCGUUAGUUAUGGUUUAUCGUCGGUUACAGAAAUAAAUUAAAUAACUUUAUGUAUUCCACCUUCUCAAUUGCUCAAUUACAACAGUGGCCGCACCCGUCCCUCCCGUAUUUUUUUCAAUUGUCUGUUUUUCCUAGACUCGUGCAAAUGGUGCACAAUAUUUUACGUUCUCAAAUAUAAUAAAAUAAUAAUGUGACGAUAAUAUUAUAUAUUUAAUACGGGUCUAGACAAAAAAGCGAAACAAAUAACCGCGUGUUAUUUGUUCAACCAUGAAUAUACCUACUACUUAGAGAUUACAUUUUGUUGACAUCACUAUAGUCUAUAAUCUAUAAGGUUGUAUAAAUGUGUAUUAAUGUCCCAUGGCUAAAAUAAUAGUAUAAUAUUGUAUUAUAUAAUACAAUGAAAAAUUGCAUAUAAUUUUGUAUAAACGAAAUAAUGCAUUACAAAAAAUCCAAUAAUAAUGUAGGAACCUAUAAUAUUAUAUACCAUCAUUCAUAGGAUAUUAUAUGUUGUUAAAACUUAAACAACAUAAAAAUUAAUUUUAAAAAUACAUGAUUACAUGAUUUAAAAAAAUAUUAUUUUUAAUGAGUUUCGACGACGGGUAUGUAUUUUAAUAUAAUAUGUAUACAUUAUCCGUGUAGCCAUAAUAAACAAAGGUGUUUCGCUUUAAUUAAAAGAAAGAAGAAACAAAUACCUAUCUAUAAAGAUGUAAUAUUUUAAUUAUUAUCGUAUUAUAAUUGUCAGUGUUUUACCAAAAAUUUUUGUAGUAAAUAAACUACAACUUUAAAAAAUAUGGCAAUUUUGAGUGAUAGUACUUAAUUUAUAUAAAAAAAGUUAGAUUCUGAGUGGUGCGAAGAAGCUUAUGGUUUUACAAAGAUGUUUUUUUUUGACUGUGGACAACUUUUCUACCAGAGAUCUUUCUUCGAUUUUUAUGUGUAGCACCUUUUUUGAAAGUAAAUCCGUGUGAAGAGGUAAUUUAGGGAGGUAAUUUUUCGAUUUUUUCACGAGUUUUCUCAACAAAUGUGAAAAAUCGGGAAAAAAACAUGGGAAAACCGGGAAAAAUGUAGGGGAAACUCGGUACAACAUUAAACAAAUUUUAUUAAAGAAAAUAUAUAAAGACAAUUUAAUUAUUUUACUAUAAUAUGACCUCCCUUAAGUAUUUCCUCACACCGAUUUCCUUUCUGAAAAGAUGUUAUACUUAAAAAUAAAACCAAUUUUUCUGGUAAAAAAGUUGCGCACAGACAAAAAAAAUAAAUGUCUUUGUAAAACCAUAAGCUUCUUCACCCCACUCAGAAUCUAAAACCACGAUUAAUACGUAUUAGAUAACACCCAACCAGUUUACCGAACUUCGUUUUUGAUUGCCAUUAUUUAUAGGUCAAUUAUUAGUAUAUAAAAUAAUCUAAAUUACUCUAUUAUAUCCAUUACUCAAUUACCUUUAAAACUUCCCACCUACAACUGUAGCCUACGCUUACGGUCUACCCAUGAUCUGAAGCAAAUGUUUGGCUUUUUAUUUAUAAAAUAUCUACAGUGUAGACUUUACACGAAAUUAUACAAUACAUAUGACGUGUCCUUAUACAUUUAUAAUUUAGUUACUUAAUUUUGUACUGUACCAUCAAUUUUAAAACUCAAUUGCGAAAUAAACAUUUUAGAUUCUGAGUAAAGCGAAGAAGCCUAUGGUUUUACAAAGAUGUUUAUUUUUUUUAUCUUUUAAUAACUUUUCUACCAGUAGUUUCGCCCCAAUUUUUAAUGAUAGCAAUUUUUUAAAAGGAAAUUUGAUUAUGGAGGUAUAUUACGGAAGUAAUUUUUCAAUUUACUUAAGAGUUUUCCCAGCAAAUGUGAAAAACGUAAAAACAUGGGAAAUCGGGAAAAAACGUAGAAAAAACGGAAAAAUCGGUACAACAUUAAACAAAUAUUAUUAAUAAAUAUAUAUAACGCCUAUUUAAUUAUUUUACCAUAAUAUGUCAUAUAUAUUGUUGAAAAACAUCAUUAUUAACUGAUUUCUGAUUUCUGAUGAUCUGAUGAUUUUUUUUAAAUAAGUAGCAUGUCUCUGCGCUACAUUUUAUAUAUGAAUAUUUUUUUUUUCUAGGGGAAGGGGGAUUAAAAAUUAAAAUUUUACUUUAAUUUUUAAAAAAAUUCAAAAUAGCUAUUUUAUAAAAUAGAUUUGUAGAAAAUGUUUAGUGGUUGUUAGGUUAGAUUAGGUUAGAUAAAGUGUGGUCUUUUAUAUUUUACGAUUUUUUGAAGUUUUUGCAAAUGUGAAUACAAAAUAUUGUGGUUAUUUUAUUACAAUAUUUAAUCAUAUAUUAGUCAAGAUACAUGACAAGGAUUUUCUUUUUCAUGAGUUAAUAUCAUGCAAUAAUAUUAUCAUAUUACAGGUAUGAGGUAAUGUAUAUUAGAAAAGUCAAUCAAUAAUGGUAAGUUAUGUUGAUAAAUAAUAUUGUUAUGAUUGAAAAGAAAAUUAUUUAAAUUUUCAAAAAAAUGUAGAAAAUAAAAGACAUAUGGUGUUGUGGGACACCCUGUUGAUGGAUAUCAUUUACCCUUAAUAAUGGAGUAAUCGUGCUUAAUGAAUCACUCUGUAUAUUGUUAUUAGGGUUCAUAUUUCAAUGCAUUUGCAUCUUUUUUUUUAGAAUGUCUUGCACGGUGCUUUUUAAGCUACAAAUGUAUUACAAGUACUCUAAGUUGUAACUAUAAACAAUUUUUGCGGAAUUUUUUGCAUUUUUAGUGGAUCAUUUUUGACGUUUUCAAUGCAUUUAAAGACAUUUUGGACGUAUUUCUGAUAUUAUGACUAAAAAUAACUUUAUUAAAAUAUAAACAUAGUACUAUAUAAUAAAAAUUAUUUUUAUCUUGAACAAUAUAACAGUAAUCAGGUAAUCUGGUUUUAAAUUAGAUGAGGUAACUUUUAUCGGAGUAUUUUCUUAUCGAGCGAUAAAAUUAUAUCGGUGGUGCGUGUGACCGACUACCGAACGCUUUUAAUCCGUUUAAUUUAUUGAAAGAGUAUUUAAAUCCGAGCCUUAAUUAUUAUUAUUAUAUUAUACGAAACGUUUCCUCAAUAUUUUCUUGAACAAAAAGUACUACGACACUAUAGUAUAUAUUUUUCAUAUUGUGUACGCAUGUAAUACUUGAACAAUGAAAAAUAUUAAAUUACGUACGCAUUGUAAACAAAGUUUAGCAUCUUGUAUCAUCACGGAGGUUUGGCGUUACCAUUUCGUUCCGGGUAUCGUUAUAACCUUCGUGGAUUCAACCGUAAAGACCCAGUUUUACAAGUUUUGUAAUAGUUACUAUAUAAACAUUAUAUUUGUAUCUUAAAUACUAUAUUUAUUUUCCACUUGUUAAACUAGAAAUUCUGAAAAAAAUUACCAUAUACAUUAAUAGAUAUAUAAUAUAUUGUAUUAUGUAUGAUAACACGUCUAUUUGGAUUGUUAUUUCCGCAGUUUCAAAGAGAGUACAAGUAUAAUUUUUACUUGCAUUUAAUAAAAUAUUAGUUAUUUCGGUAAAAAAUAUUUAUUUCAUAUAUAAUUCAAAAAAUAUCGCACAUUCCUUUCAUGUAUUAAGCUGACACCAACUUUGAGAUAUAUUUCUGAACAUUGUUAUGUAUAAUAUGUAUUUCUGAACUCUCCACGAAUUCCUUCAGUCUAAUCAUGUAGCCAUGCUAAAUUAAAAGAAUGAACUAAAUCUAAAUUAUCUAAAAAUCUAAAUAUAUCUACGUGGCGAACAGAACAAAUUUGACGAGGAGAAAAAACGAAAAUUUCCUUAUUUUUCAUUUUUUCGCUUCAUUAAACAUUAUAUGGCGAUUUGUAUUAUUUCUCUAAAAUGCACGUUAUUGUUCAAUCAGAGCCCUCUUUUUGAGUUCAGGUUGUACAAUGUUAUACUCAUAUUGACCUUGUGGUUUUAAAAUGUACACCUUGAAUUUAAUUUGAAAUUGUCUUAAAAUUGUUUGAAAAAUAAUGACGACAAUAUUAAACAAAAAUUUGAGUUUGCCAUUUCAAAACUAGAAAAUCAAAUAAGAAUGUAACAUUUUUAAAAACCUAUAUAAAAAAAAAUAAAAAUAAGUUUUCGAAAAUAAUUGUCUGAUAAUAUUAAGUAGGUAGGUGAUUAGCUAGUAAUACUUGUAUUACUUAUUUAAUUCAUCUUAAUUUCUAGUCAACCAUGCAUCUGAUCUAUAGUUCAACAAAAACGUAAACGAAUACUAUAACAAGUCAAAGUGCACAGAUUAUUAAUUAUACAUUUUAGAUUCUAAGGGAAGCGAAGAAUGUAUAUUGGUUUUCCAAUAAUGUUAAUUAUUUUACCAGCAAGUUUGCUUCGAUUUUCAAGCAUACCUUUUUUUCUAAAUGAAAAUCUGACUAUGGUGGUACUAUAAGAAGGUAAUUUUUGAUUUUCCCAGCUGUUUUCAUAAUAAAUGGGAAAAACUGGGAAAAAACUUAGGAAAAACGGAAAAAUAGGUACAAUAUUAAACAAAUAUUAUUAAAAAAAAUAUAUAAUGCAUAUGUAAUUAUUUUGAAAUAAUGUGACAUCUAUAUUGUUGAAAAAUCAAUACUAUUAACCGAACUCUGCUCAGAAUCGUUUUUCGUUAGCAAUGGUUAAUCUUUACGUACAGAUAUACAUACAAUUUCCCCUCUACCUUCUCAACUUCUCACCUACAACAGUGGUCCACUGAAGUAUGUUCGUCUUGAUUAUUACUAAAUUGCUAAAUGCUCUAAUAAUAAAACAGCUUUUUUGUACAAACAUAUUGCAUACAUUUUCUCUGUAGUCAUUUGAUACUUAUUAAAAACAUAUAAUCUAAAAUACAAUUGGAUAAUGAAAAAUGCAAUAUUUAUGUUUUAUUUAAGAAUGUUCCUAAAUUUUAUUAUGAUGAUUAAGAAGUAGUACCUAGAAGUACCUAUGGCGGUUUUCUUAUAAAUUUUUAAUUUUAAUGUAAUGAUGAAACGAUUAAGUUAUUUUCAAGGUGAACCUUGGUUAAGUUUUAUUAUUCAACUGGAUAGAUAUAUGUUAUCAUGAUAUACCAAUCUUAAUAUUUUAAUUUUAAUAUUUCAAUGUCAAAAAUGUUAUUCCGCAAAUAUUGUUCCGGGAAAACAUAUUAAUCCAAAAAUUAGAAAAAAAUAAAAUGAAUAUCUAACGUCAGUAAAGUCUUUACUAAAAUAAUUGAUAAUAAUUAUUUACAAAGAAUGAUUCGUUAAUUCAAUAUCAACGUGUUAAUAAAUAAUUUGGUGAGAUUGAUUAAUGAAUAUUUUGCCUGGGAAAAUAAGAACCAAACCCAUUAAGUAUGAAUAUAAAUUAGCCUAAACUAGACCAUAAUAUUAUAUCAUAUACGUAACAAGAGAAAACAAUGUUUUAGGGGGGAGGGGAUUGGGCGUACUAAAAUCCUACACUAUGAUAUACAUUACGCGAAUCUACGUUAUUUGGGCGUAGGAAAAUUUUGCGAUUUUUUUUGUUUAUCAAGUUAAUGUGAUAUAAAUCCUAUUCAUCCAAAAAUCUGAAAAUACAGAUUUUGAAUCGAAAAUUCUAAUUUCAGUUUAUAAAAUCAAUUGUAUAUAUUUGUAUGUUCAUUAAAUGAUUUUAUUUAUUUAUUUUACAAAUUUACGGACGUAGCCCUUGUUUAAAAGAACAAUAUACAUUAGGACAAUAAAGGUAGAUAAAUAACAUAGUCAUUACAUAUUAUAAACAAACAUAAGAAAAGAGAGAUCCGUAUUGGCGCGAGACAUUAGUCAUUUAAUAGGUUCAUUGCGUAUAUAGUAUAUAGCAUUAGUACAUAGUAUAUUGCGUAUAUAGCAAACUAUAUAACAACUUCUCUAUCAGAAGACUUGCUCGGAUUUCUAAGUGUACUUUAGGGUGUAUUAAGUGUACUCUACUAGGGAAGUACUUUAGAGAGGUAAUUUUUCGAUUUUCUCAGGAGUUUUCUCAUCAAAUUUGAAAAACUGAACAAAACUGGAAAAUAUAAGAAAUGUAGGUGUUAGUUAAAAUAUAUUAUGGCCUUAAAGAAAAUAUAUAAAGCCUAUUUAAUUAUUUUACUAUAAAAUGGCAUAUAUAUUCUUUUAUUCUUUUAUUCAUACGGACAUAAAGUUCAAUAACAAAAUAAAUAUACAUUUAUAUAUAAUAGCAUAUCACGUAGUAAUUAAAUUUACAUUUUUUUUAAAUUUACUAAAAUAAUUCACAAACAAACCAACAAUUGUGUACAUUUUAUUAUUAGCCCAUUUUACAAAAGGAUAAAUCGGAGAAUUAGACAUUAAAUUGGUUGUUGCUACAGACAAAUAAAAUAAUUCUACACAUCUUAAAGUACUUAAAAAACCUUAAAAUUUGGAAAGGUAGAAUAAGGAUCGUACCUUUCUCAUCUGGUGUUUCCAAAGGGGAAACACCAGAUGAUACAUGAAUAGGUGAUGAAAAAAACUGUUUAUAUUUUACUAUUUGUUGUCUGUUCAUUAUGAAUGACAUAAACCAUGAUAACAACGAAUUACUUACUCCAAUAGAAUUUAAUUUUUGUGUAAGCUAAAAGUGAUUUACUCUAUCAAACGUUUUUGAAAAAUACAUAUAAAUCACAUCAGUUUAGUAGUUAUUAACUGUAUAGUUCAAAAUAGUUUAAAAGAAAGAAAUUAAAUUUAUAUUCGUUGAACGUUUAAAGUAAAACCCAUGUUAACUAUUAGAUAUUAUAUUACUGAACAGAGGACUUAUUUAUUUAGAAAUUAAAUCUUCUAGUGUCUUUGGUAAUAUUGAAAUGAUAGAUAAUGGUCGACAGUUUUUUACGUCAUUUAAAUUUCCGGUUUUUGAUAUAGGUGUGAUAUAAGAAGUUUUCCAAUAAUCUGGAUAAGUGCCAAUUGAAAUUGAUAGAUUAAAAGAAAAAAGUAAGAUAAUGGAAACGGGUGCAGCUACUGAUGAAGGUGGGAAGUUGGGAAGGUAGGAUAUAGACGGAAAUUUAAUGUAUAUUUAUAUGCAAUGAUAAACCAUUGCUUAAGAAAAAAACGAUUCUGAGCGAUGGGUAGUCCAGUUGAUAAUGAUGCUUUGUUCACAAUAUAUAUUAUGUCAUUUUAUAGUAAAAUAAUUAAUUAGACUUUAUAUAUUUUCUUUAAUAAAAUUUCUUUGAUGCUGUACCGAUUUUCUCGAUUUACCUACGUUUUCCCGGUGCACCUAUGUUUUUCCCAGUUUUUCACAUUUGCUGGGAAAACUCUUGAGAAAAUCAAAAUUAAAUGACCUCUCUAAAAUACCAUUUCAGUGAAAUUUUUUUUUAGAAAAAUUGCUAUCAUUAUAGGUUGGAGCAAAAUUUCUGGUAGAAUAAUUGUCCACAAAAAAUAAUAAUUGUAAAUAAUAUUUAUUAUAUUAGGUAAAUUUUCCCGUUUUAUUUUCGGUUUUUAAAUUAAAUAAGAAAACUCUUGAGAAAAUCGAAAAGUGACCUCCCUAAAGUACUUAUCACGUCAAUUUCCUUUCAUAAAACUUUCGCUCCACUCAGAAUCUAAAAUAUAAUAAUUAGAUGCCACAAUGUUAUUAAUACAGGAUUUUAAAAAAUUAACUGCUAGUCUAUCUGAUCCCGUAAGCAAUGGUAUAUCGUUGCUAACAGGUAUACAUUAAAUUAUCUAUAACAGUGACUGCACCCGUCCCCAUUAUCCUGGGACGUCUUUUAUUACUUGUUUCUUAAUUUUCUCAUUGUACAUUCAGUAUUUAAACAAAAAAAUUAUUAUUCUUAAUAUAUUUUAAAGUUUUUGUACGAUAUAAUAUACAUUACGUUAAGUAUGAUUAAUGAAAUCAUGUGUUUGCUCCAUAUAAAUAGUAAUAAAUGUAUAAGAGAUCGUCACACCCACAUUCGUUAAUAUCUUAUACUCGUAUAUUACGUAUAACAUAACUAAUUUCGACGUGUUAAAUCAUAAAACACAAAUAUAAAGAUCAUAACUAACGGGUUUAAAUAAUUUAAUGUUCAACAAAGUUUAUAUUAGAUUAAUAUUAUGGAUUAUUGUUGACCAAGGUACUAUAAUAUAAAUGUUGAAAUUAUUGAACUUUAAAAUAGUAAGACAAGAACAACUAUAUGAACGUGGGUGAGACGGCAUUUUAAAAUGAUAUUGGUAUAUACUUAAAAGUUGAAAAAAACAGCUGAUACUCGGGAUGGGAGUUGUAGGUGGGUAGUUGGGAAGGUGGGAUAUAUAAAGUUAUUCAAUUUAUAUUUAUAAUCAACGAUAAACUGUUACUAACGAAAAACGAUUCGGAUCGAAGUUCGGUUAUAUACAUUUUGAAAAGCCAUAGUAUUUACGAUUUUCGUCAAAAUAACAUAAAACUUUUAUGAAAAAAAAAAAUAUACCAUAUAAAAAUAAAUUUUUUUUUUACCACUAAGUAUGAUUUACGAGUAUAAUGAACCUUUUGUCAUAUUUUCAAGUAUUUUUGUUAAGUAUAAUAAUUUUAUCCACAUAGUAUACUAACUGUAGUUAAAUGAUGUAAAAAACUUGCAAAACUUAAAUGUCUGUAAGUUUCUCAAAUGUUUUGAAAGUUUUGCCACGUCUAGGAAAGUAUAAGUUUUCUAUCAAAAUUUCAAAUCUCUACGAAUACUUUUACCUGAAUUACAUUGUAAAAACAAAAUUUAAAAUAAUAAAAGAAAUAUUUUCGUAAUUUUUUCCGUACUUUCUAUAUAUUUUUCAUUUUUGUUUAUUUAUUUAAAAAUUAUGCAGAUAAUCAAAAAAUUAGUUUCUUACCAAAAGGAUUUCUUGUCGAUUUUGUUAUUGGAGGCAUAUAUCAGAUAGAAAACGAAAUGCGUGAAAGUUUUAAGUAAUAAAAUAGUAUACGACCGUAAAUUUGUCAGUUUUAAUUUUUUUUAUCUUUUUCGGGGUUUUCUCAAUUAUUUUAAAAGUUACCAAGGAAAUCAAAAAACGAACAAGUUACUCACGAACUAGAUCAAAAAUUCAACAAAAUAGGUCUCUUGUUAAUUUUCUAUUGGAACAAUUUUUAUGGUAAAAAAAAAACAAGUUUUACAAACUUAAAAUAAUGAAAUCCUUGUGCCAUAAUUUAAAAAAAAUCGUAUUUUUUUGGUUUUUUCCAAUUAUAAUGAACAAUUUUCGAUUAGAUUAAUAUUUUUGGUGUAAAACGUCGCAACGCAUCGUAAAUAUUUGCCGUUUUAUCUAUAAUUUUCUUUCGGGGUUUUCCCAAUUAUUUUGAAAAUCCCUUAGGAAAUCUAAAAAUUACACCUGUAAUCUAGCAACUAGAGAAAAUGAACUUUCAGAAAAGAUACUACACUUGAUCGUUGGAGCAAAUUUUCUUGUAGAAAAGUUGUUCACAGACAGAAAAAAAAUAUACACAUCAUAAUAAAACCAAUAGAUCCCUCGUGACGCACUGAAUGUUAAAUAAAUAUCAUAGAAAUGACAUCAGUGGUACGCGUUAUAAUAUUCUGAUGUUCUAGUUUUUUUAUGUUUAUAUUUUGCCUCAUUUACCAAUAACUAUUUCUGAAUUAAACUUUUUGUAACUUUCACAUAUGUGACAAUGCUGAGAAAUUAUAGUUUGUAUAUUUACUAUUCUCCUGUUUUUUUCGUAGUGAAGGGAAUCCAAGUGUCGAAAUUGUUUGGUUUUUUUUACCACGAUUUUGAUAAAGUGAAAGGUGAAUGUCCCGAGCACGAUCAUUAUUGUUGCUGUAUAUUAUACACGCGGUGAUCAUCAAUUUUGGUUCUGUAAGGGUUCUCAAAUAUAUAAGCUUUAAAUCUGACACAUCUUAUUAUUUCAUAGUUUUCUAUUGAUAUAUUACUUGAUACGUGUACUUUUUUUAUACAAUAGUUUUGCUUAAUAUUUGAGGUAAUUUUAAGGAGGAUAUUACGAGUUCGUACGCCGCAGAGCAUAAUGUAUAAGUUGAACAAGGUCGGAAUAAUAGUAGCAUUGUGUAGGUACGUUGCUCGAGUAGAAUACAUUUUGGGGUUGUUGCAUAAUAAUAUAUUUUAUAGGUACAAUAACCGCUGUACUGUGCGAUAAGUUUUAACUGAGUAGGUACAAAUUUAAAACUAUCACUGUCUCUGGGAGACAGUGAUGUGCUUAAAAAUGUUCAAUGUGAGAGAUUUUAACAAAUAAUAAAAAUAUGAGUAAUUAUGAAUACACGAGUACAUCAUAGAAUCUUCUUCUCUACCUAACUUUGUUAUGUUAUGUGCAUUUAAAAGCCCGAUCCUAAAAAGCUAAUUAUAGAUCAGUAAAUCAAACUUUCCUUGUGACUUGACUGAAAUAUAUACAUCCUAAAAAUAAAUUACUAGAUAGUUACUAACAUUUUUGUAUUUCUAAGCCAAUGAAAGGAAUAUUACCACUAACGUUCCCUGCUCACGCCACUGCUGAGAGACAAUUUUAUUAUAUUUGUUGCCGAGAAUUUUAAUAUAUUAGCCUUGUGAUGUAAUGGUAUGAGUAAUACUUAAAAUUUAUAUUGUAUUAUUUCAAAAGAUUAAUUUGCCAGAUCGAUUAUGACGUGUUUAUUUAUUUUUUUUUUUAUUAGAAACAUAAUAAUACCGCAAUGGUUACAUACAGAAAAAAAAACAAACAAUAGUGCUAACGGAGGGUUAUAAUUUGUUGGAAUUGUAAUUUGUCGGAAAUGGGUUUUUUGGAAACAUAUUUUGUUAGAAAAAUAAAUUGUUGGAAAGAAUUUUGCUGGAAAAAUAUUACGUCGGAAAGUUUUUAGUCAAAAAAAUAAUUCGUCUGAAAAUAAGUUGUCGGAACUGUAGUUUAUCAGAAAAUAAUUUUUACCCAACGACGAUAACAUGUAGUCAUGAAGUGACUAUGAAGAAAUUAUAUUGAACAGUUUCGACGAAAUACUUUCUGAUGAAUUAUUUUUCCAACAAAACAAUGCCGACAAAUUAUUUUUUCGAAAAUAAACUUUCCAACGUAAUAUUUUUCCGACAAAAUACUUCUAUUUCUAAAGCGGAAAAACAUAAAAGGUGAAUUAACAUUUCUUCUAUAAGUCGAUUUCUAUCCUUUGAUUUGAUAAAAAUAAUAAUAUCUCACUCCGAAGUUCAAAGAAACCCACAGAUGUUCUUAAAUUUUCAAUAGAAGUAAUGAUACCUUUGAUAAGGUUCCUUGUUUUCCCAAGAAAGUUAUCUCUUGUAGUUUUUUCGUUGAAAUGUUAAUUAUAGAAAGAACGUUAUGUAAUAUGAAUAAAUGAAUAGUAAACCUGGAAUACUUGAAAGUAUUCCAAAGAAAAAUCAAUUUUAACAAAAUGAUUUAAAUAGAAAUAAUUAGCAAUUUAAAAUUCAAAAAAUUACCUAUUGCUUCAUUCACAUCUCUAUUAAUUGCAUCUUAAAUUUAUUUUUCUAAUGCAAGACUGUUGCUUUUAAACUUUUUGUACAUAAUAUUAAAAAAAAAAAAAAAAAUAAACAUCUUAGUAAAACCAAUACAUUCUUCACUACACUCAGAAUCUAAAAUAGUUACUUAGGAAUAAAAUGUAUUUAAAAUUGUUGGAUUGUACUCAAAAAAAUUACCCAGUAUAUAUGUUGCAUAUAUUAACAACAUAAUAUGUAUGAACGACUGUCAUAAUAGUGAUUGUUUGUAUUGGAAGUUGUUCAUUGUAUAUUUUUUUCUCUUUGAACAGUAGUGGAACGAUGAAAACUUCUAAAUGCAAUAAAACACCAUUCGCAGACUAUAAUAUAAACUCGUUUCGUUUUACGCUUCUAGGUGUAGUAUAUAUAGGUUGUACCUGUUGCUGUACUAAUUUCAUAUGGAUAAUAAUAUUAAAAAAAAACCUAUCAAAUAACAACACACCUGAUAUCAUAUAUAUAUAUAGGUAGAUACUUACUUAUUGCGUUAUUUAUCGAAGGUUCCAUUUUUAGUGUUUCAAACAAAUUCUCAAUAAGAAAAAAAAAAAUUAAAUAUCUAACCAACGUUCAGAUUCUAAUACCUAUUAUUAUAGACGUAGGUAUAUGCGAUACAAUUAUGCCUACUGAAAUGGCUAUGAGUUUAAAAUACAAUACUUUAUACAAUUAAAAUGGACAUGUUUACAUGUGGAGGAAGCAAGAAUCAAUGAUUAAAAAAGAGCUGAUAUUGGAGAUGGGUGCGGCCACUGUGACCCACAUAGGUGGGUAGUUGGGAAAUUAGUACACAUAAAGUUAUUUAUUAUAUUAUUAAUCAACAAUAAGUCGAUAAACCAUUUCUAACGAAAAACAAUUCGGAGCGAAGUUUGGUUAUACAUUAUACAUGUUUUGAAAGGCCGUAGUAUUUACGAUCAAAAUUUGAUUUUAACUCUUAUAAAAAAAAAAAUAAAUUAUAUAACACUCAAUUUUUUUUCGACCACUAACUACGACUUAUAAUGAACCUACUAUCAUAUUUUCAAGCAUUUUUGUUCAAUCUAACAAUUUUAUCUACAUCUGAGGUACCUUACCAAAUAAAAAUUACGUAAAAACUCCCAAAAUUAAAAUAUCUACAAAUAGUUAAAAAGUUUUGAUCAUUUUACCAUGCCUAGAAAAAGCAAAUAUAAAUUUUCUGUCAAAAUUAAAAACAAAAUUUCAAAUAAUGAAAGAAUUAUUUCCGUAAACAUUUCCUUUCUUUCUAGAUGUUUUUGGUUUUACUCAAUUAUUAAAAAAACUAAAAAAUAUAUGGUGAAAUAAUUAAAUAAGAUUAUAUAUUUUUUUUAAUAAUAUUUGUUUAAUAUUGUAUCGGUUUUCUCGUUUUUCCUCCGUUUAUUCUGGUUUUUCUCGAUUUUUUACAUUUGCUGGGAAAACUCUUGAGAAAAUCGAAAAAUGACUUAUUUAAAAUUCCUUUCUAGAUAGAUUUCAAUUCAGAAAAAGUUCUAUCAUGUAAAUCGGAGCAAAAUUGCUGGUAGAAAAGUUGUCCACAAAAAAAAAAAAUCGUAAUAUUUUACUAAUAUAUUUUGUGCAUUUUCCCGUUUUCCCUAUUUUUUUUUUCGGUUUUUCACAUUUGACGAGAAAACUCCUGAAAAAUCAAAAUAUGACCAUUUUAAAGUACCACCCCAAGAAAAUGUAUUUUCAAAAAAGGGUCUACAUCGUAUACAUCGAAGUAAACUUUCUGGUAGAAAAAUGUUCACAUAAAAAGAAAAAAUAAUAAUCAUCCUUGUAAAACCAAUACAUUCUUCGCCACACUCAGAAUCUAAACAACAAUUUUCUUUGAUAAUGGCUAUAUUAUGUUAAAAGAAACAAAAUCAAUCUAUUGUUAUUUUUAGAUUAGAGCAAUAAUUUUAGUAGAAAAUAUUGUGUAUACAAAUUUUCAAUAGUGAAACGCUAUUACCUUCUAUAAAUAUUUACCGUUUUACCUAUACUUUUCUUUCAGGUUGUUCCCAAUCAUUUCGGAAAUCCCUUGGAAAAUCAUAAAAUUACUUUUUAAUGCACUAACUAGAUACAAAUUUCUUUCAGAAAAUGUACUAUAUUUUACACACCGGAGCAAGAUUUUUUUCGAAAAGAUGUUUACAGACAGAAAACAAAAAACACACAUCAUAGUAAAACCAAUAGAUCCCUCGCAAUGUUCCAAAUCUAAAAAGACGGAUAAAGAUGAAUUCGAUUUAUAGUUUGAUUUGAAUUUUAUCUUCGUGUAAUAUUAUAUUACGUACUGUAUAAAAAUGUCAAGGAUAAGUGAAUUUCAUGGGGUCCAGUGCAUAUAAAAGAGUACUUGAAAAUCACACUUUUACUAUCGACUGCAUAUUAUAUUAUGCUUAUAUAAAUCUAUGUAUUAUAGAAAAAAAAAAAAUGAUAUUAAAUAUUUUUGACUUUUUCUUUAUUUUAUAUUUUUUUAUAAUAGUUGGCUGUAGUUUUACAUAAGAAAAAAAUAAGACAAAUCAUCCGUCGGCUUUAAAAACUGGUGUUUUGCAACUAUAUAGGAACAUAAUAUCACACAAUAGGUAUUCAUUAUUAUCGCAUGCACCAUUUGUUACUGUUAUUAUAUUAUAUUGUUCAUUUUUUUUUUUUUUUUUUAAUUUUUUACCGUCCCUCCGCAUGGAUAUUAGAAUUAUUAUUAUUAUUAUCAUACAUCGUAACUUUACCUCUGCUAUUGGGCAUCAUAUUAAAUGUGAACGCACUCGUCUGUAUACAUAGAGCGUUUGCCGGUGUAAGGAGACUGUCAGUAGUCCGCAUCACCACGAUCCGACCAGAAUGUAGGAACGAAUUCUGUCUGUUUUCGUACAUUUUAUUAUUUUUUUUUAGUACCUAUAUAAUAAUGUUGCAUAAUGUUUUAUUUAUUAUGUUCUCGAUCAAUUGAUUUUUUUUUGUUAAAAACCUGUUGGAUUAUAUAUAUAUCCAAAUUUUAAAAAUAAAUAAUAUUAACUUCUCUGUUAUUAUCCAUUAUGAGUUUUGUUCACUGAUCCGACUCAAAAAACAACAGUACCUAACAUAUAGAAUAGAUAUUCUUUCACAAAACGUAAGUCGUUUAAAUUAUAUCUAUAUACUAUGUACAUUUUAACACUUAUUACACUCAAAAAAUGAACCUAAAAUUUGCUUAGAUAUUAUAUUAUAUUAUGUAAUUUGCAUUAAACAUUAUUUGUUAACCUAUUUAUGUUCACCUAUGUUAACCUAUGUUUUAUGUUCAGUGUAUUUAUUUUGUUAUUUCCUAAGAAUUUUGUUGAAAAAAAUUUCAACGACCUUAAGGUAGCGACCUAGGAACUGAAUGCUUUUUGCCGACUAAUUUAUUAAUGUUAUUAUUUUUUUAGAUUUUGAUUUAUUGGUUUUACUAUGAUGUGUUUUUAUAUGGUUUGAAAAUAAUUUUUCAUCAAAAAUCUUGCUUAUAUCAAAAAUAUUAUAGGAAAUUUAUUGUAGAAUUGUUUUAUCUAGUUGCUUCAUUGCGUCUUUCUCGUGUUUUUAUUGUCCGUGACCUUAACCGAUGGUAUUAUGCAUUUUAUAUUUAUAUACUACAUAGAUUUGUGUAUGGUGGUAAAUAUCGUCCGAUUCGGAUAAAAUUUGUAUUUUAUAUUCUGAUCGGAAAGAGAAAUUUAUUGGUUUUACUAUGACAGUGAUUUAUUUUCUUUUGUGUCCGUAAACUACUUUUUUACCAUAAAUCGUGUUUCAACCAAAAAUUGUAGAGGAAUUUUUUUGUAGCAUUUUUGAUCUAGUUAAUGUACGUAAUUUUUUGAUUUUCCUUGUAGUUUUCUUGAUAAAUGGGAAAAAUUAACAAUUAUUGGUAUAAUUUUAGUUGAUGUCUGAGUUAGGUUGGCAAUAAGAGGAAAAUACGACUAUAAGACCUUGUUCAGAAUUGUUUUUCGUAAGUCAUGGUACAGAUAUAAAUUGAAUUACUUCUUAUAUUGUAAAUAUCAAAGUAAUAGCACGCCCAUCGACAGUAACGACAUUUUUUUUAUACCUGCCUAAGAAUAUCUACGAAUAAGUAAACCAAAAUCAUAUUAAAAAAAAAAGAACAAGUUGUUGAGGAAGUUAUACUUCAAAAUAAAAAUUGUUUACAUUUAUUAUAAACGUAGUGGCUUACAAUAAUAUUAUUUCUCGAUUCUUGAUAAGUAGAUACUCUGCUAUCAUAUGUUUGUAUAUUAUUAAUAAUUCACUGUACAUAAUAAUAUAUGCUUCCGAGUAUUAAGCCUAUGCACGCGGAACAAUUUAUAGGGUAUGGUUUCCUGUAUGCGGUCUUCCGGUUUCAGAGACGAAAACGUAUUAAAAAUCACCUGCUCGUCAAUAUGUACAUAAAAUAUAAUAUGAAUUAUUAAUAAUGUGAAAGAUACUUAUUAUAUAAUCUGGAGAUGCGAUGAUGGUAAUGUUUUAUAAUUUGGAAUUUAAUAAAAACAUUAAUAUGUAUCUGUAUUAUAGACACAAUUGUCGAUAAAAUAUGUAAGGAGAAAGAGCAAUUGUUUUUUGGUAUUGAUUCUAUGGAUUACGGUUUUACUAUUUCGGGAAAUCGUUGUUUUUCAUAUUAAUUAUCGAAAAAAAAAGGAAAAAAGCAUAUAAUAUUAUAUACGAGUACCUACAGUUUAAGAUCAGGGUUUAUUUUUUCGUAUCAAGCGCAUACAACAGUAAUAUAAUAUGUAUAUUAAAUUAUAAAACAAAAAUAAAUAAUUUACGAAUAAAAAUACACAAUAAAAACAAAAUAAAUAUAAUAUAGUUAGUGUUAUAUUGGUGGAUUUAUAUUAUUUUGGUUUAGAAGUGGACCAUGUUCAUUUCUGUGCAUGUACCAUUUUGGAUGUCUUCUUGGGUAUAGGUAUAGCCUAUAUAUGCUUAUAUAUGGGACAAGUUUAGUAUGUGACAAUAUGUUGCAUGAUCUGUUCUUCUCAACACAUGCAUAAGGUGUUUUUAAGUAUAAGAUUAGUAAUAUUAUAAUAUUAUUAGUGUAGUGAUGCAAAUAGUAUACAUUUGUCCGUGUGAGAAAAUCGUGCGUGUAAACGACUUAUUAAAGACGGUAUGUAUUAUGUUUGAGAGUUGGAGCAAAAAAUACAUUUUUCAAAAAUGUGGUUGAUACGUAAAUAUAACAAUAAUGUGUGGUUGAGUGUGAAAGUACGCGUAUAGUUAUAAUACGCGUGAUACGUUUAUAACAUCAUUGGGAUAUUUAAUAAUAAUAUUAAACAUUAGAUAUAUAUAUCAGGUGUUUAUAAUAUACAGUUGUGAACACACGGAAAACAGUGAAGUAGCACACUACUGCGGUCGUUGCCAUGUAGUUAGAGUCGAAAAAAAACCUGUCCAAGUAUCAAUUUACUCGUCUCUUGAUCGGUUUGAGAAAGGAGUACCUAUAUAUUCUAUAUUGUAGCGCGAAACAAUGAAAGUCGAUUUAAGCGAAUUAUUAUAAUAAUACUAAUGUUUAUGGUUAAGGAUAGAACAUUACCUAUAAUAAUAAUACUUAGUCGGUCAAAUGUGACCAUAAUAAUUUCUAAGUACGAUCAUUAUUAUUGUAUUAUUAAAGCGCGCGUUUAAAUUGUACUUAUGUGUCUGUUCAACGGCGACAGAUCAACGUCAAAUAAGGGAAUUAAUCGUAGUCGUAUAAGAAAAUCACGAUAAAUCGACCCGGUUACCGGGGUAUAAUUAUUGGUAUACUGGACUAUAAACUACAAUAUUAUUAAACUGGACAUGAUAUAUUAUAUUAUAUAUGUCGUUAUUAUAAUAAUAUAAUAUUUUCAUUUUUAACUAAUAUUUAAAAAAACUUGAUUAUAAAUUAUAAUAUAACAAAAUAAUUUUGUGAUAAGUAUAUGCUGUCCUCCUAUGAAGAGACAAUACGUGGUGUAGUAUAUGGUGUGUUUUUUUUUUUAUAAAAAUAUAACGUCAUGCCUAUACUAUUCCUCGUGUAUAAAUUGUAAAAUAUAGGUAGAUAUAUAUAGUUCAAGACUUCAAGUACCAAGUGUUAUAAUUUAAUAUAAUAUAAUAUUAUGUUUGCACAAUCAUUGAAUCGUGCAUGAUAUUUUCGUUUCCAAUAAUUGAUUAAAUUGUAUAUUCUUCAUAGUUUUCAACUCCAUCAUACAUAUAAAAAAAAAAUCCACGGUAAACAAUCUGAUACCUACUUAAUGAUUUUUUGAAUGUAAAUAAUAUCGAUAAUAUGGAAAGAUAGGUCCACGUUUAUAAUCUUGCGGUAAAAUAUUACUUUUUAUAAAAUAAUAAGUAAGUUUUUCUAUUACUCAUCGUGUUAUACCUACCUACGUAAUUGCCUACCUAUCAAUCUGUCCAAAUAGAUUAGAGUAAGUUAAAUAAAUUGCGUUUUUGUCGAAUUUCGUUUGUUUUUUAUUGUAAAUUUCAAGGUCCGCAUCUGCAGGUUCGUAAUGUACUACAAAUUACAUUCGUGCAUUAUGCUUGUUUAGUAUAUUUGCAUUUCAACAUAGGUGUACACUGUGAUAUUAUAGCAUUAGAUCUGCCACACUGACCUAUAGAAACGACUAAUAUAUACAGUAUAUACAGGAUGAUUCACUCAUUAAGCUUGCUCACCCUAUUUUUUUGAUUAAUUUUACAUGUAUUAAAAUUCUUAUUUUUGAAAUUUUUAAAUGUAGUUAAAACCGAUAUUAUCGAAUACUUAGAUUUUCACAACAUUUCAGGAGCAUACUGUAGUGAUAUCGACUUUGGUUUUUCAAAUGAGAACCUAUAUUAAAAAUUCCAUAUAUAGACGGAAUAGACUUUAAUAUAUAUUGGUGUCGACAUUUUUAAUUUCCGUCAACCCGUUAACGAGAUAUUCCAUUUUUAAGUUUAGGUGGAAGGAGAGUAGUAAAUUAAGUGAAGUAUCAUUUGUGUGACGGCACGGCGUUUUAUUAGUGAGCACACUUAGUGAAUCACUCUGUAUAAUGUAUACAUAGGUAUGCAUAUAGAUAGGCUCGUAUAGCAGAUGACGAAACAAUUACGAUGUAAUUAGGCACACAUACAAAUUAACAUUUGAAUAUAAAACACACUGCACGGCGCACGCGCGUAUCCCUCGUGUUAUUGUCCGUGUCCUUUACUGGCGGUAAGGUUUGGUUAGGUUAUUAUAAACAUAUUAUAUAGAUUCGUGCAUGGUAACGAUCAUCGUCUAAUUUUAUUCAGCUAAAAGUUUGUUAUAUUUUAGAUUCAAAGCGAAACGAAUGAAUUGGUUUUUCUAUAAUGUGUGUGAUUUUUUUUGUGUCCGUAAACAAUUUUUCUACCAAAAAUCUUAAAAAAACUUUAUAAGAAUUUUCUUUAAGUAUAUUCGAUCUAGUUGGUGCGUUAGGGAUAGGCUAUUUUAAAUUCCGAGUGUAGCGAGGAAGUAAUUGCUUUUACAACGCUGUUUAUUUCUUCUUUGUCCUAGUCUAUGGACACGUUUUUUCCUAGUAAGCUUGCUUCAUAUUUUACGUGCCGCAAUUCUUCUGAAAGCUCAAGUUGUCUAGAUUGUACAAAAUAAAAAAAUGACCCCUUGUGAAAGGGGUUUUUUUUGGAUUUUCGACACCAUUUUUUAAUUAAAAGUACUUAAAUUGGAAAAACGUAGGAAAACGUACAAUUUCACGAUUUCAUAAAUAUAUUUUAAUAAAUUUGCUGUAAUUCGGUUAUAAAUACACGUAAAGACUUGAAACUUGGUAAUAAUACUUAUAUUGGACUUACUUAGACAUGGUAAAAUUUCUAAAAUCAUUGGACGACUUUUUUAGUUUUUAAUAAGCGUUUUGACAUCAAAUUUAAACGAAAAUCGCAAAAAAAAAAAAAAAAAAAUAUGGCACUUCAAAUUAUAUAAUAUUAUUGAACUGUGCUCGGAUCGUCAAGCAAUGGUUUAUCGUUAAUUACAGAAAUAAAUAAAAUAGCCUUAUGUAUCCUACCUUCCUAACUUUUCACCUAUAAUAGUGACCGCUCCCAUCCCCAUCAACUCUUUUUAAUAUAUGUCAUGUACAAUCCAAUCAUGACUUAAUCUAUUUAGAACACCUGCACCAAUUCUGCAUUUAUACCAGGUCUAAAAAAACGGACAUUCGCAUGUGGAUGUAGCCACUAAUGUAAGUGGGAAGUUUUGAAGGUAGGAUAAAAAAGAGAAUUUAAUGUAUAUUUGUAAACAAUGAUAAACUAUUGCUAACGAAAAACGAUUCAGAUCGCAGUUUAGUUGAUAGUGUUGCUUUGUCAAAAAAAUGUAUGUCAUAUUAUGGUAAAAUAAUUAUGUGUGCAAUUAACAUUUUUACUAAUAAUGGUUGUUUAAUAUUUUACCUAUUUUCCUGUUUUCCAGUUUUUCCGGUUUUUCCAAUAUAUUGAGAUAACUUCAUAGAAAAUCAAAAAAUUAUCUCCUUAAAAUACCUCUCCAGUCGGAUUUUUUUUCAGAAAAAGUGCUAUCAUUGUAAAUCGGAGUAAAAUUACUUUUAGAAAAGUUGUUCACGGUAAAACAGAAGGCCGUAAUAUUUUCUGAUUAAUACCUACAUUUCGUGUACAUUUUCUCGUUUUUCCUCUGUUUUUUCGGUUUUUGAGAAAACUCUUUAGGAAAUCGAAUAAUUACCUCCUUAAGAUACCUCUUCGGUCAGAUUUUCUAUAGAAAAAUUUUUUAUUAGAAAAUAAGCUACAAAUGAUACUUCAGAUUUGAUUUCAGAGUUAUAUUUCUGGUAUAAAAGUUUGCACAACAAAUCGAGGGGUAUUUUUCCAUUAAUAUAGUUCAAACAAGCGAUGGCUUGGGUCUCUAGGUAUACCCAAAAUUAAUUUGUUUUUUACUUGUUUUGGUUAAAAGGAAAAACGAAUGCAAACAAUUUUGUUCGAUAACCCGGGUUUGAACUCGCGACCCCAAGGAUGACAAUAUGUAGGUAUAACCAUUAGAUCACGACUAACAUUAUUAAAAAAGACGUCCUAGGAUAAUGAGCACGGGUGCAGCCACAAACGAUUCUGAACGGAAUUCAGUUGAUAGUAAUACUUUGUCAACAAUAUAAAUUAUGUGCCAUAUUAUAGUAAAAUAAUUAAAUAGACUCUAUAUAUUUUCUUCAAUAACAUUUGUUUAAUGUUGCACCGAUUUUCUCGGUUUUUCUACGUUUUCCCCGGUUUACCUAUGUUCUUUCCCAAUUUUUCACAUUUGUUGGAGAAACUCCUGAGAAAAUUGAAAAAAAACCUUCCUAAAGUAACUUCCUAGACAGAUUUCCGAUUAGAAAAAGAGCUAGCAUUUUAAAUCGGAACAAAAUUGAUGGUAGAAAAGUUGUUAACAGGAAAACAAAAUACCAUAUAUUAUAUUUUAACUAAUACCUAUAUUUCUUAUAUUUUCCCGUUUUUCUCCAUUUUCUUUAGGUUUUUAAAAUUUUUUGGAAAAACUCUUGGGAAAAUCGAAAAAUGACCUCUUUAAAGUACCCCCUCAGUCAAAUUUCCUUUUAGAAAAAUUACUAUCAUUAUAAAUUGUUGCAAGAUCUCUGAUAAAAAAGUUGUCCACAGAAAAAAAAAAAUUAAAAUAAAAGAACCCUUUUUGUAAAACCACAAGCUUCUUCGGUUCACUCAGAAUCUAAAAUACAAUGAUUUGUUAACAAUAACAAAGUAUGUCAUAUUAUAUUAUGGUAAAAUAAUUAAAUAAGCAUUAUAUAUUUUCUUGAAUAAUAUUUGUUUAAAAUUUUAUUGAUUUUCCCGUUUUUCCUCCGUUUAUCCUGGUUUUCCAAUGUUUUUUUUUCGGUAUUUUACAUUUGCUGGGAAAACUCUUAAGCAAAAUCGAAAAAUGACCUUUUUAAAAUACUUUCCUAAUCAGAAUUACUUUCCGAUCAGAAAAAGUGCUACACUUAAUAAUCGGAGCAAGAUUUCUGAUAGAAAAGUUUGCACGACAAAUCGAGGGGUAUUUUGCGAUUAAAAUAAUACAGGCGAACGAUAACUUGGAUCUCUAAGUAAACCCAAAAUGCAUUUAUUUUUCUUUGUUUAGGCAAAAGGGGGAAAAAAUGCAAACAAUUUGUUUCGAAACUCGGGUUUAAACUCGCGAUCCCUAUGAUGUCAAAUUUAUGUACUACCAUUACACUCCGACAAACAUAUUUUAAGCUUGAUAAUUUAUAGUUCUAUAGCAUAACAUAAUGUCCACUUGCAUAUCAGAACUUUAAAAAGCUAUAAUUUAAAAACUAUGUCAGUCCGCUCAAUUUUUACUUCACCACCGUUCUUAAAUUGGCAAUAUACAUAUGUUCAAAACCUAAAAUUGAAAAAUUAGCUUUGUUCCAUAUCAUUUUUUACCCAAAAGAUUUUCCUCAAAAUUUUAUAUCAAAAUUCCUUUAUAAAAAAAAAAGUACUACAUUAGACUCAAAUUUUUUUUUGACCACAAAUUUAGACUUAAUAAACCUCCUGUUUUAGUUUCAAUCAUUUCUGUUUGAUCUUAUAAUUUAUCCAAAGAGUAGGUACUUACCGAAUACAUAUUACGUACAAAACUCGCAAAAUUAAAAUGUCUCAAAAAAAAUAGCUAAAAUUUAUGAACAUUUUACCACGUCUAGAAAAAAUAAAUGUACAUUUUUUGUCAAUAUUUUAAUCUUUAGAAAUAUUUAAAAUUGAAUUACAAUAAAAAACAAAAUUGAAAAUAAUAAAAUGAUUAUUUUUUUACGUUUUUCUUAAGUUUUAUCCCGGGUUUUCCCAGAUAUUAUGAAAAUCAUUUGGAAAAUCAAAAAAUGGCCUGCCUUAAGUACUAUCUAAACAGAAUUUCUUUUAUAAAAGUUUCCAAACUUACAUAUUGAAGCAAUAUUUCACAUCUAUAAUAUUAAUGUUGUGGCAAUCAAUAUAAUAGACUCGUACCUAUAUAGGUAAAUAAUUAUUAUUGUUUACUCGAAUCAAUUAAACGAAAAAUUUACAAAUGACACCUUAUUCUAAUUAUCAUUCAUUAUCAAUUGGUUCAAUAUCCGGUAUAUUAGAAGAGGAAUGUUGAAAACUCAUCGUACGUCGAGAAUAAUAAUAAAUAGCUGUACUUACGGUUGCGUAUGUCGUUAAACUCAUGACAUCAAUAAUAUUGGUACCUAACUAACGGACACACGAUAAUUUUUUUUUUUUAUACCAAAGUCUACGGAUUAAUAUUAAUAAUAUUCCGAUGGUGAUUCCUCAAUAAUAUUAAUUUGAAACGGUCAACUAUAAUAAUAUUAUAAAGGUUACGGUGGGACCUGUGUAUAAUAAUAUAAUUAAAUAUAUACAGAUACGUGUACACUUUUCUGAUAUAUCGAUUUACCGUGUACGGUAUACCUACGAGUACCUAUCGUCUUUAUACGUGUUUCAUAAAAAAAAAAAAAAUUAAAUAAUAAAUAAACAACAGGCAAUUAUCCACAAUAGUCCACGCUUAUAGACUUCAUAAAAUGAUAUAGGUUGGUACACUUGCGCUGGUACGUAGAGAAAACGGCAUGCGUGUGCGUUAAAUAUAAUUUUUUCUCAUAUAAUAAACUAAUGAAAAAAAACAUAACUUCCUCUUUAUUAUUUUAUUAUUGCAGUAGAAAUAUAGUUCCGUCACAUCAUUCUAUGCGCGUCGUUUCGAUCGAUUUAUAGAUCAACUCCAAACAGUGGCGUAUUUAGACAUUUUUCAUGAAGUCCACCUAAAUUUUCAAACACAUGUAAUUUUUUAUUUUAUAGUACAAAAACUAAUCUUCUAGAGUUUAACACCAAUUAAAUAAUUUCAUUAUAUAAUUUCAUCAACCUUUAGACAUAUGUCCCGAUGAAUGGACAUCAUUGCUAGCCCAUUUAGCUUCGUCUACAUAAUAAAAAUAAUUAAAAAUACAGUUAUAACUUUUUAAGUUAUAUUGUUAUAAUAUUAUAUUAUAUAUUUUCAAAAUAAUUAAAAGAUUACUUCAUUCAUUGUUGAUUUUAGAUAUGUUUUCAUGAAAAGGAUCUUUCUGUCGUUGCUGUUGACCCUGGUAAUGUCCAAAAUAAUUUAAUUAAAAAAUAUACAUUUGGCAAAUCAUUUUUUGGGCAGCUUAAAAGCGCUUCUAAUCCACUUUUGAUGUUAACAUCUUGACUGACUAUUUUCAUUUUCCAUAUUUUUAAUUCAACAAAACUAUUAUCAUUUUCAAAUGGAGGUAAAUAAAACUCAACUAAAUUCUCAAAUGACAAUCUUUCUGCGUUUGUAAAUCUUGAACUACUUAAACAUUCAAACCUUAUAAAAGAUAUACAAACAAAAUAUUAAACACCGAUAUUUAUAUUAAUAUAGAUAAAUCAAUCUAUACCUUCAAAAACUGAUUUUUAUUUAAAAAUCGAAUUGUAAGCCGGUUGAUGAAAUUGUCAAGAAAUGACAUGAACACUGUCACUCUAUAAUAACCUACAGAAGAUACUUGAGGAUUCCCUCUAUUUCUUUCUUUGCUUACUGUGCGUUUUUAGUUAUUUUUGCACUAAUAAUAUUUGCUAAAUUCCAUUAAAAUGUUCCUAACACAAAUAAGUAUCGAGUGCACAAGUGUAGAGAGCGUCGGUUAGUACAAAAACAAAAUUAAUAACAAAAAGACAUCUUAGGAUAAUUGGGAUGGGUGCAGCCACUGUUAUAAGGAAUUUAAUGUGUAUCUGUAAGCAACGAUAAACCAUUUCUUACGAAAAAACGAUUCUGAGCGGGCUUCAGUUGAUAAUGAUGCUUUUUUAACAAUAUAAUAUAUGCCAUAUUAUAGUAAAAUAAUUAAAUAGGCUUUAAUAGGUUUUCUGAUUCGAUUCACAUGGAUCGAAGUCAUGGGAAAAACGUUUUGGAAACAUACAUACAUACAUAUAUAUUAUAUUCUAAACCUUAUAUGAUAGAUUUGUUGGAUAUCAGUGCGAUUUGAUCGUGUAUACAUAUAAAAUAUGAAAUCGAUUAAUGGUGAAACAAUAUUUAAACAGGAACAGUCAUUAUUGAUAGCAGUUUUAGUUUUCAGCGAUUUCCAUCUAUUCCGUAUUGUGAUAUCGAUAUCAUUUUUUAUAUUCUCACCAGUAGGCUUUUACAAUAUUUUUAAAUAUGUUUCUGAACACAAUAAUUAUUUAUUAUUAAUUAUUUACAUGUAACUUAUUUUUAAAUACAAGUAAAUAAUUGUUGACCAUUGUUUCGACCCAUUAAAAUUUAAUGGUUCAAACAAAACAAUUUUUUACGUACAGUUUGUAAACAUAGUAUUCGUGAUUAACAGAACUUUUUAAUUUAUAUUCUUUUGGAGAGAGUUGGACCACCGGAACAUUGUCGGUUUCUUCAUUAAUCCAAAAGUGUUCAUAAUCGAGAACAACGGUGAACCUAAAAACAAAAAAAAAAUAAAAACACAAUUAUUAUAAGCGUACCAAUUUGUUAUUUACCUAUAUAUCUAUAAAAAAAACAUUUGUAUCCCUCUUCUCCCUCGCUCCAUCUAUAGAUAUCGCUUCAAUAAUAAUCGUUAGGUCAAUUUAAAGUUAGUUUUUUUUAAAAGAUUUUAAGGAAUUUUCAUAAUAAGUAUAGGUAUUUUGAUUCGUUAUAAUAACUCUGACUUUUUUUAAUGGCUUUAUUUUAAAACUUUAUCGAUGAAAUAAUAUAAUAAUUAUGUAUUUCCUCACUUAAAUUUAAAAGGACCCGAAAGUGUAGUUGGAGCUACCCACGUGAACGUCUCCGAUACUUUGAACUUAUUGUUAGAUUGGACCGCUGCGUUCUGAAAAAAUAAAAUGUAACAUUUGUUAAUUUUGUACAAUAUUAUAUUAUAGGUAGAUACGAUAUUAUAUAAAAUACUUGUAGGUAUUCGGGGUUUUUUUUUUUAAUAUGGCUACUAGUUUUUAAUAUUUUUGAUAUAAGGUACUUUCAAUUUUUUUUAGUAGAUGGCGGGGAAUAGGUCGACGAAUCGUUUAAAAACUCACGUAUGGCUCGAGCCCAUUGGAACAGCUGAUCAUGUGGUGGGACUUGUUGCCACCGUUAACGCAAUCCGGCAGAAAAGUGCCGAGUAUGUUGCCGUAUGGGUCCCGGGCCUGGAUCAUAAACCCUUUGAACGGAGUAGACCCGUUUAGGGAGGUAAGCGUGACAUUGACUAAUUCGCCGGGCACCACGGGCAUCGUAUUGACCACCAGUCGGUACGGGCACGGCACGCUUUGAAAGUUCUCUGAAUCAUAGCCUGUGUGCCGAGGCGUCAUGUCUUUGCACGCUAUUUUAAGUUGGUCGUCGGUGACCGCCCGGGUACGGGGGACCACCAUUCCUAACAACGCUACCACCGCGAAUGUGGUUAAGAUUAAAUGGAAUGACGACCGUGUAGUCAUACCUGUAAUCAUAAUAUAAUAUUAAUAUCAAUCAACGGUGGGAAAAAUCCGAAUUGGUGUGGAAGUUCGAGAAUCCGAAAUGUGAUUGUAUAAAUCUGGUUGUUAGAUUUUGAACCUCUGAACAAAUAAAAUAUGCAUAGGUAGUAGUAUACUAUAGAGAAGGCAGGGUAUAUGAUUGUGGUAACAAUAUAAGCGUAAAUAUGGGUAUGGUAUAAAAAUAUCGGAAAUUAGUAACCUAUUUUUUUUUUUUAUAGAUACGUAAAGAUCACAUUUUUAAAUAUAAUACAUAUUAUUUAACUCUUUCAACCAUAUAUUUACUGUUAUUGACCUAAAACAAUACAAUUUGGCAUAGUUCAUCAUGCUUAGUUUUUUUUUAAAUGUUUAGUAAAAACUAAAAUUUGACAUCUUUAACCAUUUAGCACUUAUACAAAGUGUUCUAUUUUCCAGUGGAGGGUUUAAAGAGCACGACGAUCGCCUCGUCAAGUUCAUAGGAAUUGAAUAAAAAUAUUUGCUUAUACUACCCUGAACACGAAAACGAAUAUAAGCUCUAGUACUUACAUACUAUACAUUUAUGUAAUUUUAAUGAUUUAUAGUUUAUGUUCCAAUUCUAUAACAAAUGUGGUGUUGUAAACUGUAGAAGUCAGGUGAUGUUUGUGGUUUUAUGAUAUGAUGUCGCUAUGAAUACUGUAAGUAUAUAUAGGAAAUUAAACUUUUAUAAAAACAUGAUCUAAAUAGAAGCGUCCUUGAGGGAGGAAGGGGGAGGAGACGAUCCUCUCCCAUAAGUCAUGUGAUGUUAUUUUUUUGUUAUAUAGAAUAUUCAUAAUUCUCACGUACAAUUAAGUACAAAUGCAACUCCUUCCAAAUGUCAUAAAAAUGAUUCCGGAUCUUGGAAAUACUUUGAUUGAAACAAAAAUGAAACACUUUUCAUUUAUAAAUGUCAAUAAAUAUUCUCUCAAUGAUGAGAUAAAAUUAUAUAAAACUAGUGGAAACAAUCAAUUUGCAAAUAUAUAAUAUAUUUUUAGAAUAAAAAUUGUAAAUGAUUAAUUUAGUUUAAAUUUUAGAUUCUCAGUAUAGUAAAAAGUUUAGGUUGGUUAGGUUAGGUAUCUGUUGGAUUUACCUAUUAAAUGAUAUAUAUUUUUUUUUAUACUGACAAAAAUUUCUUUUAGAAAUUUUGCUUCAAUAUGUAAGUGUAGCACAUUUUUUUAAAAAUAUAGUAUAUAUUUGUCAAUAUGACAAAUAUUGUCAUAUUGACUAGCUGUUACUUUAAGAAGGUCAUGUUUUGAUUUUCCAAACACUUUUCAUAUCCGGAAAACCCAUGAUAAAACGUAAUAAAAACGGAAAAAUUUACGAAAAUAAUGCUUUUAUUUUUUUAAAUUUUGUUUUUUGUUGUAAUUCAGCUAAAAAUAUUCGCAGAGAUUUGAAAUUUGGACAGAAAACUUAUAUUUGCGUUUUCUUGACGUGGUAAAUUUUUUUAGCAUUUUAUCGACAUCUUAAUUUUUCGAGUUUUGUGCGUAAUUUUUAUUCGGUAUAACUCUGUGGAUAAAAUUGUUAGACCAAAUAGAAAUACUUAAGAAUUUAAUAUAAGGUUUAUUAAAAUUCAUACUUUGUGGUAAAAAAAUAUUGAGCAGAGACUAACUGGCUUAUUAAUUAUAAAUAUUUAUCUAAAUGAAAACAUUAAUAUAGAAAAUAUUGUUGAUCAAACCGCUUGCAAAACGAUGCUUAAAAUAAAAGUAUUUUGGACUUGGUCAUCUAAUUUUUAUUAAUUAUUAUUUUUAUUAUUUUUGCUAUUCAUAUUAUCAUUGUUUUAAUUAUUAUUUAUUUUAUGUGAACAAAAUAAAAUCAACUUUUAAAUUGUAUUCAGUGCAUUUUUUCAAUAUAUCAGCAGUUUUCUUAAGCCAAUAUAGAUAAGUUGAAAUGAUAUUAGAACUAUAGGUUUUAAAUUUUGUUAACUAAAGCGGUGAUAUUCAAGAGUAAAAAUUGUUCCCCCCCCUAUGGAAUCGACCCGAAGACGCCCCUGAGCAAUACUAUUAACCGAGCUCCGUUCAAAAUCGUUUUUUGUGGGUAAUGCUUAAAUUAGCUUAGGUAUAGAUAUACAUUCAAUUUCCCUUAAUAUCCUACCUUCCCAACUUCUCAUCUAUAACAAUGGUCCACCCAUUGUUCGAAGUAUGUCCGACGCCCCUGGAUCCAAGACGAUUACGUAGUUUAAUUGCGAACAUAUUAUUCUAAACAUAGGUUUAACUACGUAAUACGUUUGACCAUAAUAAAACAAAGUGAAAUUGAAAUUUAUCUCCAUGAUUAAUACACUAAAGAACGAUGUUUAGAAUGUUUCUAAAAAACCAUUAUCAUUAUUACCAUAUAGGUACUCAAUGGGGUCUUUGAUAAUGAAAUGUUUGAAAUAAUUUUUCUUACCUUCAAACUUUUUUUUUUCUGUGGUAUCUUACCUAUAUAUGUUCGUAGACUAUAUUUAAAAAUUGUAUAUACUAUUAAUGAACACUUUUGUUCUAUUAUUUAUUCCUUAAGUUCCUUAAUGUAUAAAUUUGUGUGAAAUAUAAAAAUGUUUAAUUGAACACUGUUAAUCUUAAAAAUAUUAUUAUAAGUGGAAUUUUAUUCCGUAAAUAAAUAAAUAAAUAAAUAUGAAAACAAAAAUAAUAUGUAUUAGUUAGGUGUGGGGGUCUAAGACCCAAUUUAGAGGGUCUAAGACUUCCUGAAUACUCACUAAUGGUAUAUAGAACACAAACAAAUAUACAAGCAUAACUGUUAAUUAUAUAUUGUUAAUAUUUAGUAUAAUUACAUAAGUAUGUUAUAUACCAAUCUAACAUUAAGAAUUUUUUUCAAAAUUCCAUCACUUGCUUUUUUUUUAAAUUAUAUUAAGGAUAAUAUUCGGGAUAAGGGCAAUGAGUAACGUAGUGGGUUUGGUUAGAUUAGAUAAUAUGAGAACGUAAUUGUAAAAAAUCAGUAUAUCUAAUAUUAUAUUAUUACUAGCUGAAUUACCCGGCGUUACCCGGAAAAAUAAUUAUACUACACUUGCCCGUAAAUUAGGCGCAUGUGAGACGGUGUUAUACAUGUGAUACAAAAGUGAAUAAAAAAAACAUGAACCGUCUCCCUCCACAUGCAAAGCACGGUGAAGUACCAUGACACCACGAACGUCGAUGAGCUCCAUGUGUUUACGGGCACCGUAUAUUAUAACAACAAUGUAUAAUAAAAUAAUAUAAAAUUAUUAUUGUAAAUAUUUUAGAUGUUACGCUUGUCCGAACUGCUGGUAGUACGGAGUGCAAAUGAAAUGAACGCGUUUAGUGUGUAUCGUAAAACGGCAUCGUGGCAAGGCAAUGGAGAGAUAACUAAUAAAUAGUAUUGGUUUAUGUUAUCGGUGUGCAUUUUAAUUUAAUCGUUCAUUAUAAUAAAAUAGGAGUAUUGGUGUACGCGCGAUGCAUGAGAUUAUUUUUAUCGAUAAACUUCUCGGAACAAUUAUUCUUAUCUACACGACGACCGAACGACGACGAACAAAAAGGAUAGGUUGCAGGUAGCUGGAGACCCGUGGGCCGCCGUGCCGCACAAUACGUAUUGGCGGUGAAUAAUUAUAAUUGUUAAUUACUCCACUAAAACGCAACAUUUUUGAAAAUCCCUCCUUAUUACACGUUGAAAAUAUGAGAAGAACCUAUAUUCCAAAUUUCAAGUCCGUACGUUACGUAGUUUUUGAGAUACAGCGAUUAGUCAGUGAUUGUCAGUCUGUCAGGAUUUUAUAUGUAUAGAUAAAAAUACACGAAAUCGUUACAUCUCAAAUGACCUAAAGGUACUUAAUAUUGUAUAGGUUUAUAUUAUAGGUAAUAUUUUGAUUUUAGAUAAUAAUAAUAUUUUAAUACGUGAUUAAAAUAUUAUUACGGUACACGUAAUCAUAUAGGUAAGUCUGUUCUGAACCAUAUAAUAUAAUAUAGUUUCGUUUUGCGCAAUAAUAUAUUUCACCCUCUCCCAUACAUAAAAUAUAUUACCUAUAGAUAAGCACAAUAUUCUAUUAUGCCACGCCCGCGUAAAUUAAUGCAACUAAACAUAUUAUAAUUUUACUGUGUAUCGUAGAUAUUAAAAAAUUGAUUUCUUUUCCCAAUAUGAAGUAUCAAAUUGGAUUUUAUAUUUUCGAGGUUUAGCACAGGUAUUUUUUAUUAUAAUAUUAAGCUUACAGGUUUAGGUCCAGAAUUUAAAUUAAACUACAUUUGUGAUAUACAUAUUUUACGAAAAUAAAGUCUAUACACCGUCAAUACAGCGGCUUAUAGAAACAUAGCACCUACCUAGUACAGUCAGCACCAGAUAGAUAAAUUAGCACGGCGGCACACAGUGGGCAAGCUAACUUACUUUUAUGGCCAAAACUAUAUUUUUUAUAAAAACAAUUUAAUUUUUAAUGUGUAAAUUUAAUAGGUAUAUAAAUUGGAAUUUUUUUAAGAGGAGCUAAACUAAUUUUUGGGGGCUAAACCCUCAGCCACUCCCAUAUUCUUACACAUUUUUUUGGUCCUAUUACUUUAUUUCCAUCGUUUAAAUAUUUCACUACUAGCGCGAUGCAUAGAUUGUUUAAUAAAAUCCAAAAUGUUAUCACAAUAUUGUUCACAUUCAAACAGCUUAUUUAAGUUUUUUUUGAAUAUACUCGUAUUUGAUAUUGCCUCAUUCAAUCCUUUACAUAAAUUUAAAAAAGAUCGCGACGAGUUUCCAUAGUUCAGAUAUACCUAUAAACCAUACACUACUACGUCAAAAUAGGUAUAAUUUAUAAAUAUGCAACUAUAGGUAAAAACAAAUUAUACAAUUUAAAAUAAAUUAAAAUAGUUUUGAUGACAAGAUCUGUUUAGACUAAAAAUAAAAACUGUAUCAAAUAAAGUAUACAUGGAUAACAUUCAAUAAUUUAGGUUUUAAUAGCUUAAUUGGAAUACAAUAAUUACUAUUCACUUAUUUCGAAUAAUAAAACAUACUUGUCAACUUCCAAAGAAUUUGUGAAAAAAAAUGUUUAUACGUUUUAAAUUAAACUUUUAGCAGCCGAAUACGUGAUAAAUAGUAGACUGCGAAUUGAAAAGUCGUAUGAUAAUAAAGUAGACAUAUAUAAUAUAACAUAUAAGAUUAUAAAUAAAUAUAUAAUCAGCGUGCUGAUAGUUACUUAUUUUAUAAUCUAUAAUUUAUGAAUAAUCGAAUAAUACAUAUAUAAUAAUCAAUUACUAAUGAUGAUGUGUUAUUUUGGGUUUUGGCUAAAAAUUAUUAAAUUCUGCCCCACUGUGCGGCGGCAUGAAUAAAGAAAACCAGGAGUUCAUUGUGUUUAGAUGUUAUUACCAAAUAUAUCAUCAGCGAAACAACAAUUAUCACAUCAAAAUACAUUUUAAAACUCAUAUUAUGUUAUUCAUUUAAAAGCUAAGGGCACGAUUACUGAUAAUCGCCCAAUCUAUCAACUACCGAUUAUACCUAAUAUAUAAUAUUAAGUUCAUAAUUUAUACUGCAUUAUAUGCAUUGGAAUAAUAUUUAAAUCUUAUUGUAUGUUGAUGGCUAUACAUUGAAAAUAAGUAAGCAUAAAUAUAUAGAUGUUAGGUUAGUUUAGGUUAGGUAGCUUUUAUAAAUAAAAAAAUAUCGUACGUGGAGUAAAUUUUUAUCACGAUCCAGCGAUUUUUUUGGAGGAUUAUAAGUAAAUUUGGUAUCUGUAGGUUUUUUUAAACUUUUAAAUAAUUGCAACUGCGUUAAGUAAUGACGUGAAUAAAAUGUAGUAUAGAUUCUAGUACACUAAAUUACACGCUAUAAUUAAAACUAGCCAGUAUACUAUCGAUAUAUGGUAUAUUAACUAGUAUCGUGUGAAACGGACUUAAGAAAUUGUAAUAAAGUUAAGUAUUAAAAUUAAGUGUAAUAAACAAUAUAGUUCCAAAUUACCUAACUUUGGAUCAAAAUCGAUAUUACAACGCACACGCGGAGUAUACAUCCGAAGGUUAUUUCAACAAAUAGUACCUAAAUAUUUUAUCGUAUUUAAACUUUUCUGAAUUUUUAGGGUAUAAAAAACUGGAAUGGGGUAGAAGUUUGAAAUAUCAACUUUCUAAAGUAUAUAAAUCUAUGGGGACGAAUAUAAAUUGAGAAAAUUGUUGUUAGAAAAUGUUAAAUGCUGGGAAAUACUUUUUAAGAAUGCUUUUAGGGUUUAUUUUCGAAUUAAAGUCCAACAUGAGCUCACACACUAAAGUUGCGAGUGAAGCGAAACUAAACAACAUCCACACUUUCAUAAACUUACGAUUCUAUGCUCAAAGAACGAAUGAAUCUUUUUGAACAUUUUAAAUGACCAAAUACUAAAUGGAGUGUCUUUCGAGUUGGGAAACAAAAAUAUUUCAUUAUGAUGCAAAACUUCAGCUUAUUAGGUAUAAUAUGUAUGUAUAAUAAUAUGUAGGUUAUCUAAAACAAUUAUUAAUAUUUUCGAAAAGGUUGUACAUAAUAAUAUAUAGGUACCUCAUACCUGUAUAAAUCUCGAAGAGCCGAUGUUCGCUUAUAAGAGACCUUUCCUGAAUUGGUCUAUUUAACUACAAACCAUAAAGUAUGAUAAAAGUAUAGAUACCUCCUACACAUAACGAACACAAACGGUUACCUAUAUCCUAAUAAUACAAUACCGACCAAUUAAAAAUAAGCUUAAAAUUACUUUUUAGACCUUUUCGACCUUUAAGAGUUAUAUAACAGUUCAGUUCAAUUAGUUUUUUGUUAAACGAAAUUAUAUUCAUUAUUAAAUUUAAUAAAUUACCUACAUAAAUAUUAGACAUAUAUUACGCUACUGCAGUACCACGUUAGUAUACCUAACAUUGCCAUAACUUAGGUUUAAUAACGAAUCGAUUUUGUAUGAUUAUAUACGAAUAUAAGAAUUUAAAACUCUCUUAAUUUAAUAAGUUUAUUUUUAUCUAAUUAAUUAUUUUUCAGCUUAGUGUAUAAUCUAUCCAAAUUACUAUUUAUCAUUCAAAUUGUAAGUAUCUAACUUAAAUAAGUAAUUAGUAAUUAUUAUUUUUUGAGAAUUUAAACUUUUACUAGUCGAAAACUUUGAAUAACUUUCCCAGACUUAAUAGGUAUCUAAGUACUAUAGUUAUACAAUAUAUUAUGUUGGUAUACCUAUAGUGUUGAAUCAGCACUGCUGAUGAAAUAAAUUUCUAAUACUUAUAUGAAAAGUUUACUAAUGUAAGUUUGGUACACAAUGUAUUCAUUCCAAAUUAAGAUGAUGUAAAAUCUUUAAUAAGUUGUCAUAAUUGAUUCAAAUAUAAAACAGUACAAAAUUAUUUUAUUGAGAUUUGGAAUGUUGCAACUGAAAAUGCGAUUAAACCAUUACAAUUAGAAUAAAGUAAUAUGAUAAGAGGUUAUCAGGGUAAAUAUAGUCUAAAUGGGUCAACAAUAUAAAAUUACCUAGAAUUUAAAGUUUCACCAAUUAAAUUAAGUUACAACAAAUUUGCUAUAUUACAGGCUGUAAAAAAUAAAUGCAAUUGGUUUAAUAUUAAAACUUGAGAAGAAAGGACUGGAUAUAUAGUGCUACAUGUAACCUAGGAAAAUAUAUCGUUUGGUCAAAGAUUCCUGGAUAAUUUUGUCUUGUUUCAACUCCGUGAAUUUUAAAUAACUAUAAAAGAAGGACAUACUUCACACGUGAAUGCAGCCAUUGUUAGGUGAGAAGUUGGGAAGGUAGUAGAGGAGAAAUUUAAUAUAUAGCUGUAAGCAACCAUAAACCAUUGCUAAGGAAAAAACGAUUCUGAGCGGAGUUCAAUUGAUAGUGUUGCUUUGUCAACAAUAUAUAUGUCAUAUUAUUGUAAAGUAAUUGAAUAGAAAUUAUAUAUUUUCUUCAAUAAUAUUGUUUAAUAUUGUUCCGAUUUGCCCGUUUUUCCUAAGUUUUUUCCCAGUUUUUCCCAUUUAUUAUGAAAACAGCUAGGAAAAUCAAAAAUUACCUUUCUAAAGUACCUCCCCAGUCAAAUUUCCUUUUAGUAAAAGUGCUAUCAUUGUAAAUUGGAGCGAAAUUGCCGGUAAAAAAAUUGUUCACAGAAAAAAAAAAUCAUAAUAUUUUACUAAUAUAUGUCGUACAUUUUCCCGUUUUUUUCUUACUCUUUUCUUUGUAUUGGGAAAACUGCCGAGAAAAUCAAAAAAUGACUUACUUAAAGUACCAAUCCAAGAAAAUUUCCUUUCAGAAAAAAGUUUACAUUUUAUACAUCGGAGUAAGCUUCCUAGAGGAAAAAGUGUUCACAUAAAAAUAAAAAAAAGAAAUAAACACCUUUACAAAACCAAUACAUUCUAGGCUACAAUAAGAAUCUGAAAAUGAAUAUGGUAAUGCCUAAUAAUAUGUGAAAAAAUUCGUGAAUAAUUGUUUGCAAAUAAAUAUUGGACAAAUAUGAAAAAUGUAGACAGUUUAUUAUUUAUAAUGCCAGGUAUUUUUUGAUAAAUUAAAGAAUAACUUUGUUAAAUUAUUUUAGUUACUUUGUGUAUAUUUACUUACUAUUAAUAAAAAAAAUAUUUAUUAUUUUAAAUUCUUUCGAAUCGUACAUUUCUUUUUAGAAAAUUCUGUGUUAUUUUUCAGUAGAUAGGUAUUUGACUAAAAAAACAAAAUAUUGUUAAACAACGUAUGACUUACUUAGAGAAAUAAAAACGAAUAUGAAUGUUACUCCAAAAUAUAUGUUAGUUCGUUUGUUAAAAACAAUAAUUUACAACAAAAACAGAAGAUAAAACAAAUUGUUCACUGUAAAUAUACAAAAUUAUAUGGAUUCCACAGCUUCAGUCACCUAACUAAUAUUAUAAUUAGUUUUUUUGAAAAUAUUUGAGUUGUUUUAUUUUAAUGUAUAAAGAUUUGAAAAAAAAAACCUUAUUUACGUAACACAUGUAUAAGUACUACCAGUGGAACGGGCGAAAUUUAUUCUAUAGAUAAUAAAAUGAGUUCAUUGCGAUUCGAUAUUUUAUAAUAUAUUGAUAACCUUCCUAUACCCAAACUGAUUACAAAUUAUCAACGUUUCUGAAAUAUGUUAAAUAAUAAACAAAAUAAAAAAUUAUUUUUCGUAAAAUCAAAAAAAAAAUUAUGUAACAUAGUACAAUUUUAAGUUUAACUUUUUAGUAACACUAUUUAACCAACAUAUUUUUUACCUGAAAUUCCUGUAGGACCUAAACUGCUACAAGCAAUUUUCCAAGCUAGUCAUUUUUUUAAUUUUCCCGAUAAAAAGGACAACGUGAAAAAAAACGUAAGAAAAACAGGAAAUUUACGAAAAUAAUGUUUUUAUUAUUUUUUCGAUUUUGUUAUUUAUUGUAAUUCAGUUUAAAAUAUUCGUAGAGACUUAAAAUUUGAACAGAAAACGUAUAUUUACUUUUUCUAGACGUAGUAAAAUUUAAGCAAUUUUUGAGCUAUUUAUAGACAUUUUUAUUUUGCGAUUUUGUGGUGAAAUCAAAUUGUUUGAAAAUUGAAUAGGAGGUUCAUUAAAAGUUACUUUAGAGGUAAAAAAAAAAAAUUUAUUUAAUAGUUUUUUUUUAUAUAUAUUUAAAGGAAUUUGAAGUGAACAAUUAUAUUGAAAAAUUAAAUUUUUCAAUUAUUUUUUUUGAACAUAAUAUGUAUAUUGACAAUUUAAGAACAACGGUGAAGUCAGAAUUGAACGGACUGACUAAGUUUCGAAAUGAUAGAUUUUUAAAGUUCUGAUAUUAUGCAAAUAUUACUUUUUAUUUUCAAUAACUCUAUAUUGUCUUUUUUAAAGCAUGUUUGCCGUAAUCUAAUGGUUAUACAUGCUUAAUGUCAUCUUGGGGAUCACAAGUUCAAACACAAAAAAUUUGAAAUAAUUAUUUGCAUUUACUUUUUACCUUUAACUUAAACAGAGAAAAACCAAUGCAUUUUAGGUGUACCUUGAAACCAAGCUAUCUCUUGUUCGGACUAUUUUAAUCGAAAAAUAUCCCUCGGUUUGUUGUGCAAAUUUUUCUACUAGAAAUCUUGCUCCAAUUUUUAAGUGUAGCACUUUUUCUGAAGAAAAUUUGACUGGGGAAGUACUUUCGGAGAUUAUUUUUCGAUUUGCUUAGGAAUUUUUUCAACUAAUGUUAAAAAUCGAAAAAAAAAACGAGAAAACGUACGAAAAGUAUUAGUACAAUUUUACGGUCUUUAUUUUCUGUUUACAACUUUUCUACCAACAAUUAGCAAUAAGCACGUAUUCUAACUUUGCUCCGAUUUAUAAUGACAGCACUUUCUCUGAAAGGAAAUUUGACUGGGAAGAUACUUUAACCUACAUUAAAUAUUCUAUAAAUAUUAGAUGGAGUAUUAUUUAAAAUACAUUUUUGUGUUGACAUUUUUGAUUUUCGUCAAUCCAUUGAUGAGAUGUUCCAAUUUCGGGUCGGAGAAAAUAUUUUUUUGAAUAUAUGCAAAAUUUAACCAAAAUAAUGGGGCGAGCUCGCUUAGUAUAUCGUUCUGUAAACUACAGACAUACAAGGUUAAUAUAGUUUUAGUCUGUUGAAUAUGAUUUAUAUGCAAACAAGAAAGCUGAUGUUCAAAAUUUAAUUUUAAAUAGAAAAAAAAGAGAAGAUUAUUUAUAUAAUAUUACGGCAAACAACGUGUUUGAAAAUAUCUAAUUCAAAUGAGAUUUUACUCGUUUUGUAUUAUUUGUUACCCGUUAAAUUAAAUUUAACCACAUUAAUGGUUUUUGAAAUUUGAUAGAACAUGAUGAAACUGUUGACUAUUACUGUUUAUUCCCUCUCUCCCCCCAAAAAAAUAUAUGUAAUAAAAGUGAAAUUAUUAUUAUUAGUGUUUGUAUCGUAUACUCGGACAGAGUAAUUACGUGUAGAUUUAAAAAUGAAAAUACAAUUGAAAUUAUUGAUAUGUUUAAAACAAUUUUUCACUUUUUGUUCUACUUAUCGUAUUCAUUAAUUAGUAAAUUUGAAAUUCAAAAUGAUUUACCUCUUUGUAAAUACAUAAUUGUACAGUUUACUGGAGUGAUACUUCAAAGAGGUCAUAUUUUUAUUUUUCAAGAUGUUUUCAUAAUAAAUGGGAAAAACCGUAGAAAAACGGGAAAAUGUACAAAAUGUAUUAUUUUCAACUCGUAAAUAUUACGGCCUUUCAAAACAUGUACAACUGAACUCCACUCAGAAUCAUUUUUCGUUGGCAAUGAUUAAUCGUUGCGUACAGAUUAAAUCACCUCUACCUUCCCAACUUCUAUCUUACAACAGUAGUCUACCCAUUGUGCGAAGUAUGUCCGUUUGUUUUAAAAAUUACUGUCCUAAAAUUAAUCCAAAAUAAAUUCCAUCAAUUUUUUGUAGCGCUUUUCUACAAAAUUGGUUAGAUUCGAUUAUUUGUAAUUUUAAGUUCGUAACAUUACUAUUAUAUUAUUAUUUGUAAUCUAUUAUAUUGUAAAUAUAAUAUUAUAAAAUAUUUUUACAAUUUGUAAAAACCGGCUUUAUAUCAACAAUGACAACGACUCUCUCGUUAAAAGUUUCGAUUUCGGUCAUCCGCUGAAUAAUCGGAGUAAAAAUUCAGAUUCGGAGUGGUAGGAAAAUAACAAAUUACCAAUGAAAGUUCCGAAAGAAAGGGUCACCACGCGUCCGGAUCUUACUCCGGUAGCAUAUAGACUAUACAGGACGAUUCUUUUAACACAAACCAGUGAAAAUGUUGAGUAAAUUUAAUUUUGGUUUUUUCAGUCAGUCAAUAUUUUCCAACCCUUUGAUCCUAUUUGACCCUUUAAACCCUUAUUUAACCCUUGGAACUGCAUAUAUCGCUUUUUGAUCUUAAUGUAUUGGGAGACAUUUACAAUCUGAGCUUAAAAAUGUGUGUUAGUAUUUGAAAAUCAAAAGUCGAUACCUAUAUAAGUGUUCAUAGUGAGUCUAGGCAGGGUACCAUGUGACCUAAUAUAGCACUAUAAUAUUACGGAUUACGCGUAAAAUUUUCCUACAGAUUGCUAUGGUUCGAUAACGAUAAAAGAAUCGCCCUGUAUAUAUUAUUAUUUCAUACGCAGUAAUUAUGUCAUAGACUCACUGUCGGCCCGACGACUGUCGUAUACUCAUAUUAUACUCAUAUAUCAGCUCGCAGAGGGAGUUCACGUUGGCAGCGAUGGAGAAAGUAUACAGCUUGCAAUUCCUUCCAGCCGGCAAAUAUUACGAGCUCGUCGUUGUCGUUACGUGUUAUUACAUUACUCGUAUUCUGGUAUUCUGUUAAAUUGUCUAAUAUUAUCCGAUACUCCGCUCGAUCCAGUACUUCAGUGUCGUGAUCGUUUUCCAGACAAAAUUCGUUUUCUCCGGACCAAUAAUACCAUACACAUACCUACCUACUUAGUAGUGUGUCGUUGAUUCUCGUGUGUAUGGAAAAUACCUAACCUACCCAGUGACUUGGCGGUCCGCCUGGCCCGGAAAUCUCCGUAGAGUAUAAGCUAUUAUUAUACGGUAAAAGUUUCGCUACCAUCACAAAUCGUCAUCAUGAGCGUAAACGCUAUACCGAUAGCAGACCAGCGUUUUUGGUCAGACUGCACUACGGACGACCAAAAGGACAUGGAUGUAUUCACGUUUAUGUUUUUUGCUUGUUGCAUCGAACUGUUUUUGUUUAAGAUUUUCUUCUCCAAUAUCCGCGGUCAAUAACUUCGAUAUCUAUAGCUAUAGAUAAUUUACCAUAUAUCAGUAAAUUGAUCACACGCGUAGAGCGCACAAUAUGAGACAGUGAGUCAUGUAAUAAUAAUUAUAAUAAUACUAUCUUAUGUUUGUAUUCUAUAUACCGGCGUUUCAGCACGUAUAUAUUUUUUUUUUUUUUUGGCCUCCCGCGUCCACAAUAUAACGCAAUUAAUGUUCGGAAUUUUCGGUUAUUAUUUUUUUUUCAGAAACAAACUGCUGUGUAUCCGACAGCAGGACAUUUUGAAUACCAAACUCAGAGUGAAAGUGGCGUCCAAGGUGAAAGAUGAUCGUAAGUAUAUACCUAAGCAUCAGAGAUGUGAUUUUUUUUUUAAAUACAUUAUUUUUCAAAAAAUACAAUAGGUUAACUACUGAAAUAUUCAUGUCCUAUUUCAUAAACUCUCAUACCUCUAAUAAUAUCCAUGUUUUCAUGACAAUUCCGAUAUUUUAGAUUCUGAGUGGAGCUUAAGUUUUAUAAAGAUAUUUGUUUAUAUAUUUUUUCCUGUACACAACUUUUCUUCCAGCAAUUUUACUCCAACCUAUAAUAAUAGCAAUGUUUCUAAAAGGAAAUUUCCCUAGCGAGGUACUUUAGAGAGAUCAUUUUUCGAUUUUCUCCGGAGUUUUCUUAUCAAAUUUGAAAAAACGAAAAAAUCAGAGAAAACGGGAAAAACGUAGGAAAAUUGGGAAAAUCGGUACAACAUUAAACAAAUAUUAUUAAAGAAAAUAUAUAAAAACUAUUUCAUUAUUUUACUAUAAAUUGACAUAUAUUGUUGACAAUAUCAAUUAAACUUCUCUCAGAAUCGUUUUUUCGUAAGCAAUAAUUUAUCGUUGUACACUUUUAAUGUAUGCAUUAAAUUAUCUAUAAGUUUAACAAAAUCGAAAUUUUUUUCCUAUUCAUUUUCCAUUUUAAAUAAGUUAUUUAAAAAAUACAAUAUUGGCGGCAAUAAGCUAGGGAAAUACAAAUUAAAAACACAAAAGUUACUCGGUAACUGCUCGGAAGAAACUGACAUGUCGAGCUGCUUUCAAAUAGUUUCUAAACAGUCGCGUUAAUUUUUAGUCCCGUUGUUAUCGAAGAGAACAUGUUAAUUUAAUAAUACAUAUCGCGUUGCGUCGCGGUUGCGUUGCCGUCACCAGUUACUUUUGGCGAGAACACAACCUAACAAUGGCUGCACCCAUCCCCAUUAUCCUAGGACGUCUUUUUGAGUUUAUUUUAAUCAUGUCUCCAAUGAAUUUCUUCCUUUGAGCCCAUUGAUUCUUCCAUUAUGCUAGUUAUUAAGGGACUAAUGUCUUAUUAAUUUUCACAUAAAUUUCCCGUAUCUUGAUUUAAAAAUAGAUAAUAAUAAUAAUGUCUUCUCCGUAAUAUUUAAAGAAUUUCUACGAUUCUACUAUGUUAUUCCUUCAGUCCAACUAAUACGAAGUCUACAUAUUCAUUGCUCCUAAUAUUUGUCUUAUCUUGUAUUGUUAAGGUACAACCUUAAAACAAAAUAGCCCAUGUAUAGCUUUCGACGAAAUUGGUUGAGUUUAUUAAAUAAUAUAACUAUCUGGAUAUAUUAUUAUUAUAUAUUAUAGAGGACAAGUUUUUCGAAGUUCGCGAUUAUUUGGAACGGCUAGUGGAAGGGCUGGUGGACGGUGGUUUGGACGAUGUAUGCCUUACGCCAUUGUCCACCCACCCACAAUGUACGUAACAUAAAUUAUCGUUAAAAUUGUUUUAAAUUCACGUAAUAUAAUGCAUAUAUAUAUAUAUAUAUAUAUACGUUUUUGAUAUUUGUUUCGGUGUAUAGAUAUGUCGAUAUGUUGGAAGUACCACGAACAAUUGGCCACAACGCUGACGGCGGCCAUACACUUCAUUAUAAACAGUAAGUAUACUGCAGUAAUCUAACUCAUAGAUCAUUAAGAUAUCCAUUAAAACCGCUAACCGCAUUAUACCCAUAUCUAAAAACGAUAAAUUAAGAGUUAUUUUAUUAUUUACUUAUGUAUGUUUUGACUAAGAGACAUUUGGAAAAAGUAGAAUCACACUUUUUACUUAAGUUAAAAUGGUCGAAUUGCACUCGGGUCAAAAACGGCCGGUAAUAAUCGAACUACUGUAUAGUAUCCAAAGUUCAAACAUCCGGAAAAAAAAUGUCUCGUUAGAAAUGUCUUGUAAAUGCCAUUUAUUAAAUUCGAUACGAUAUCGAUAUUAUGAUAAAUACAGUCAAACCUCUAAAUACUGGACACUCUCGGUCACCGUAAUUUUGUCCGUUAUUUAGAGGGAAAAAAAAUUACGAACAUAAUUCGGAGAAAUUAUAACUACAUAAUAUAAUAUACAACAUUUAUAUAAUACAUAUGUAUAAUAAUGAUAUAGCUAUGUAUUGUAUUUGUAUUAUUUUAAUAAUAAAUAAAUAUAAGUUGUACAUAUUAUUAUUUAAAAGUAUGAUACUAUUAUAUAUGUAAAAAUUAAUGAAAAUGUAAAUAAAAAUAAUUUAAAAAUAUCAUAUAGUAUAAAAAUUAACAUUUAUUGAAAAAAAUCAGUUAAUGAAGGUUUCACUGUAUUCGCUAUCGAUGAAUAAUUACCCGAUAUAUCGCGAUAUCGAAAAAUUGUUAUUAUAAUAUAUUAUUUUUCAAGAAUCGCAUUUUAUUUGCAGGUUCUAAGCUAUAAUAAAUUACAUUGUGUGUGCUGUGUAAUAAACUAUUAAAUAAUAAAUAAUAAUUAAUAAUUAUAGUGGUCGGCACUCGACUGAUAACGUUUUGUGCACAUUUUUCGGGGAAAUGUCAAUUAUUAUUUAUUUUAAAUUAGUAUGAAAUCUAUUGACGUUAUAAGUUAUAAUGUUACUUAAUAUAACUUAUCCGUAAACUGUGAAGGUGGACAUACUUAAUUAGGUAGUUUCUUAUUCAAUAUUAUUAUAUUUUGCUGACUUAUAUUCCACAGUGUAAUCAGACCAUACUUUGGUAAGUAAUCGACAUAUAUUUUAAUAUUUACAAUUUUAAUUGAAAACAAUAGUGAAAUAAUUAUGGCAUUUCCGGGGUGCAGAAAUUGGGUUUGAAUACAUUUAAGGAGAAGCCAAAAACAGUUAACAUAAAUAUAUAAUAAUUUUAAUUCUUUCACUUCUUACUAGAAGAUUUAUUUUUAUAUCACUAUUAACCUAAAAUCCCAUUUCUUUAAAAAUAAACUAAAUUUUAUUGAAUUUACUCGUUCAAACAUAAUUUACGAUUUCUUCUAAAAACUUUGUGCAGCAGAAGAAUCACUUAUUAGCCAAUACAAUACAAAAAUAAUAAAUAACUAUUAUGUUUAAAAUACAUAUAGAUUUUGAAAAAAAUAAUAUCUAUCAAAAAUAACAAAUUUUUUUUUAACACCUUAAAUUAGAGUAUUUCAGGUGUUCAAAACAUGUGAAAUUAUAGUUAUUUAGAAUUUAAAUCAAUCGAUCAAGUUUUGAUCAUAUGAUGUUAACAAAAGUAACUUUGAGACUUAAUUUUAAUCGUCUAUAAUUAUAGUUAGUAUUAGUAUUCAAGGCACAAUAUACUUAAAUUAUUAAAGCAAAUAUUUUUAUAUAGUUACAUAAAUCUUAUUUUGUAUAUACCUAUCUACGUAUGUUUUAGAUUCUGAAGAAUUUGAUGAAAUUCCCGUAAAGCUAAAUAAAAUAUUGGAAGAGGUAUCCAACGAUAUAGAAAAUCUUCCAGAACUACAGGUCAGUUUUUACUAGCUUAUUAUUAUUAUAGGUAAUCUCUGUUUUAUAUUUGUCUUAACGCGUAUCUAAUUAAUUAAAAUAAUCCGCUAAAUCGCUAAAAUAAUAAUUCAAUUACGUAGGUACCUACCUUGGUCCUCUUAUAAUAUGUAAUAUUCACUCCGCAUAUAUGUAUAGAACGUAUAUUUAAUAAUUUUUGAUGGAUAUCAUUUUUUUCUGCACGAAAAGUAUAUCUUGUAAUGAUAAAAAAAAUGUUUUUUAUCCGAUUACAUCAGGUACGUAAAGUGUUUGUAAUUCGUUUAAAAUGUUCAUUAAGGUUUUAAACAACUAAAUAUUAUAACAAUACUAUAUCAUAAAGUUAAAUAUUAAUUUUAACAAGUGAAAAUUGUUUUACUAUUUUGCUUUAAAAUAACAUAUAACAAAAAAAAUAAAUAUAUACCAAUUUAAUUUAAUAUGAUAAAAACUUCUCCAAAAAGUAAAGCUUGUGCUUGCAGUAGGUGAGUUCAUAAAUGAAAAACUAAAAUUGUUAUACAAUAAUAUGUAGGUAAUAGGUACUAGUAUUUAUAAUCAAUGGUAAUAUCAAUUACUAUUAGUAAAAAUAUAAUACUUUGGUACAAAGUAUAUUAUUUUUAUAUACACAAAAUUAAUCUUAUUAUACAAUCAUAGUGUUAUAUUUAUAUGAAAUCAAUAUUAUUUAGAUCAAUUGAAUUAGUAUAUUUCACAAAGUUUUUAUUUUAGAUUCUGAAUGGAACGAAGAAGCUUGUGGGUUUUAAAAAAAAAUGUUUUUUUUUUUUCUGUGGACAAUUUUUUUACCAGAGAUCUUGCUCCAAUUUAAAAUGAUAGCAAUUUUUCUAAAAGGAAAUUUGACUGGGGAGGUACUUUAAAGAGGUCAUUUUUCGAUUUUCUCAAGAGUUUUCAAAGCAAAUUAAAAAAUUGUUUUCAAUUUUUUCGAUUUAAGCACUAGCUGUAUAUAAUAUAAUAAAUCAAUAUUAAUGUUCUAAGGCCGUCCAAAAAAAGUGUGCUGUUCCUUUGGCGGAGGAUUUGGACGACAAAAAUUACGAAGAUCUUUUAGCCACUGCUAUACUGAAUAAGGUACCUAUACGAUUUAUAUAUUAUAUUAUAUUUUCAUGGCGUAGUACUUACUUUGUAAAAGUAUUAACACAUUAACCAAUAUUAUGUGAAACCUUUUUUCGUAUGUGUUAAACUCGUAUACGGCUUCCCGACAUUUAUAAUUUAUUAUAGUAAUUUAGAACACAGAUAUACUUAUGUAAGUAACUAUCUGUUAUAUUAUUAUAGAUACCACAUUAUCAACUAUGUUUGUAAGUUUUAAAAUGCUGCGUUGAUUGUUAUUGAGCAGUUUUUUUUUUCUAUUACAAUUUUUUUAAUUUUACAGAUAGUUUCAAACAGUCAGACAAAGAAAAAAAUUCCCAAUGGAUAUACUCGAACGUAUAAACAUCGCCCUUCUAGUAAGCAACUGGGUAAGUGUAUACAUUGUUUAUUUUUCAACAAAACACGUGAAAUUAUAAUUGAUGUGCAAUAUAUAAUAAUGUUAAAGUGGAACCAAAAGUGAAUUCUUCCGAUCCGAGAAAAAUCGACGUGGAUUCUUCAAGCACCGCUAGACUGUGUUUAACCGUAAGUGUAGUAAACACAUAUGUAUAUUUUAACCAAAUUUGGGAAGUAACUAGUUAAAAAGUUAAAAGUUGAUUUGUAGUAGGUACUUUUUUAAUAACUUUUAACUUCCGAGUUAACAAAAAAAUUAUAUAUAGUAAAUAAAUAUAUAAAUAAAAAUGUAUGUAUAAAAAUAAAAAGUAAUAAAUAAAAGAAUGAAUGCGUCGCCUGGAGUAUUAUGAUAUGACUGGUUUUUACAUUUUGACUGUGAUAUACUUGAUGAUGAAUUUUUAAUUUAUAACCGGUCGUAUAAUACUUAUUUUUUUCUUUCUCUUUUCUAGUCUGUGGACACGUUUUUCCUAGUGAACUUGCUCCGAUUUUUACGUGUACUAAUUUUUCGGAAAGCUCAAGUUGUCUAAGUUGUACCUUAAUGUGGUUAUUUUUUAUUUUCAACGCCAUUUUUUAAAUAAAAGCACUUAAGUAGGAAAAAACGUGGAAUUUCACAAUUUCAUUAUUUUAUAAAAACACAGACGACGUUUUCUACCAAAAAAAUGAUUUAAUCGAAAAAUCACAAUACACUUUUUUUGUUGCCUUCUUGAAUUACUUUCAUACGGUAUCAUNUAAUAACUCUUAUAUUGGAUUUACCUAGACGUCGUAAAAUUUCCAAAAUCAUCGGACGAAUUUUUUUUUUUAGUAAGCCUUUUGAAAUCAAAUUUAAACGAAAAUCGCAAAAAAAAUUACGGCACUUCAAAUUAUGCAUUACCGAACUUAGCUCGGAAUUGUCUUUUGUCAAGCAAUGGUUUAUCGUUGCUAACAAAUAUAAAUGAAAUAACCCUAUGUAUCCUACCUCCCCAACUUCUUACUUAAUAGUGGCCACUCCCAUCCCAGCUAUAAGCUUUUUUUUAUUUUUAUAUAUGCAUUUUUUAUUUAUAUAUUUAUUUUCGAGUAUUAACCAUUUUAAUAAUUUUGUUUUACUUUAUUAUUUUAUAAAAAAAAAAAAAAAAAAAUUGUUAUAAAAUAACUUUAAUUGAUAUCAUUAUCACAUAACGGUCAUGUGGUGGAAUACCAAUAUGAGUAUUGAUUUUCUAUUUGAUGAGUAUAAUGGGGUACAAAAUAGGAUGUAAAAAUACAAAUAUGUGUGAAAUACGUAAUUUUAAAAAAGAUAACUUUUAAUUUUUAACUUAACUCAAGUUAUUAUUUCCCUGAAUAUUAAUAAUUUAACUAUCCUGUUAAAUACUGAUCGUUUAAUUAUACGCACAGGUUGAAGAAUUUACCAAAGAAGUAACGACGACCAAUUACAGUGCAUACUCCGAUAUUGAAGGCGAUUACGACGAUGGCUAUAACGAAGGUGAUGACGAAGACGAUGAAAGAUCGCAAUCGGCCAUCAAGAUUUUCAUGUCCAACGCGAAAUUACUUCGAGGACACAAAAUCCCUAUGCCUGAAUUCGGGUCUGACACCGUCGAUGGUAAUAUUAAAUAGCAAUACAAAUUAUUUACCUAUAUCUGUGUAUACACGACCACGAGAUGAAAUUAAUGUUUAUUUUCUUUUUCGAAUUUUCCCGAAAAUACAAAUUGUAUUGUGUCUGUUAGAAUAAAUACAGUAGCAUAUUUCCGGGGAAAAUUAGGGAGACAUAUCUUCCUCUUGAAUUUUUUCUACUGUCUAUACUAUUUAUAUGACUACCUACCUACUUAUUUUAGAUUCUGAGUGUAGAGAAUAAUAUAUUGAUUUAAAGAUUAAAAUAAAAUAACAAAAUGUAUAUUGCAUGCCAUCUCUUACAUAGGUUUGUCCGAGUUAAAGUGGCAUUUUCCUUCUUACUUUUACAGACUUAGGCCUGACAGUAGAACUUAAUUAUUGUUAUACUGGUGUCGUUAAAAAUGUUUUAUUUUUUUUGUUAAUUUUUUUUUGUUAAUUAUUUAACCUAACCUAACCUAACCUAACCUAAUUCACUUAAAUAUUUUUAAUUUGAUUGUGUUGUAAAAGCUUUAAUAUUUUUUUCAUAGUUAUUAAGAAAUACAAAUUCUUCGUCUCGAUUAGUUUUGAUGUUCAAAUUAUCUAAAGCUGUAUGUAAAUCAAUCAUAGUACCUGGCAGUUUAGGAUAAAUGCUUGAUCGGAUGUAAUGUAUAUUGUUUCGAACAUGUUUAAUGUCAUCUGAGAUCAAUGUGCUAAUAUCUCCUUUUAAUAGUUCACGAUGCAGUAUUUUACUAGAUUUUUCAAAAGGAUCGUCUAAAGUUUUAAAUUAUUACAUACCUGCUGUCUAUUUUAUUUUUUUUUUGUCAUCUUUUUUAUGAUGAUGAUCCAUAUUUCUGAAUAUGACUUCAUAUUCACUAUUUAAUUUGAUGUAAGCCUUACACGAUCAUUUACUGCAAGCCCACCAUUCAAUAUCAUUACAUAAUAAUUUUUGAAAAUAAAAUUUAAAAUCAUUUAUUAGAACUAACUAAUUUUUUUUUUCACUGAGCAUAAUAUUUUCAACUAGUGGUUCCAUAUUAACGUUCCAAUGCGUACUAAUAUUAUGAAACUUAGAAAACCCAUUUUUUUCAAUAUCUAAUAUAAGUAUAUAUACUAUCUAAUAUAGUAUACACUACAUACGACACUCGUGGUAAUCCCGCAAUUUUUUUAUUUUCGUCGUUGAUAUGAAAAUUAUAUACAGCAUGUAAUUCGAACAGACAUCGAUAAAAAAAUGGCAUGCAAUUCGGGCGUUCCAAUUUACAUUUAAUUUUUUGGCAUGAAAUUUGGAUGCACCAAAGUUGACUGGAGGAAUAUGAAUAUCUGAAUUUAGUUAAUCUGCUGCUCACAAGUGUUUUUUUUUUUUAAUCGAAUAUUUCUACCAUUUUGAUAAUAUCAACAUUGCUUUAUUAUACUGACAAAAUAAUAAGGCGCGAUUAAGUUCAUAUACGAGUUUUAUAUUAUCCGAACUGAAGUUAUAUAAUCAAAUAUUUUAAAUUGGAUAUAUAAUUGAAACUUAUUGUUGAGGAAAUGUUUAAUAGAUUACUUAUACUUAGCUAGAUCUGGUUAAGACUGCCUAGAUCUAUAUUAUAGUCCGAAAUAGAAUACUGAACUGUUUAAUAAAUAUCCUGCAGACUGCAGCGUUACCGCGGUGGACCCCGACGACCAGAGAAUCAGUGGCACGGUAGAUUCGUGGGAGGACAAUUGGCUGUUUCAGAAAAAACGUGUCGUCCGAUCAUCCGGGUCAAACAACAACCACUACCACCAUCCAGUUCCCGUACCGAUGUUGGUGCCAAACCCAUCUGAAGUGACCAGGCCGCUGAUCGGCGAUCGCGACGCCGAUGAGACAUCCGAACUAUCCGACUACUCGAAUUCGGAUUUGAACGAUUUACUCGAACUAUGUACCUAAUAUUAUUAAAUUAUCUGAAAAAAAUUGUUCAUAGAAAAAAACUAAUCGAAUUGAUUUAGGAAUCAAAUUUCCAUCACACCAUAAAGACAAAAGACAAAAAAAAUUAUCAUGGUUUAAAUAUCUUAUAAUUUAAAAUGUUUCAAACUCAAAUUAUUUACUUGGUAAUAAUAAUAUCGAAAAAUUUAAACCGACGUUUCGUAGAGCUAAUUCUCUUUGUUUUACUUGAUUCCUUAACCCAGUCUAUAACCCGAGUAGUUUUUGAACAUGCAAAACGGUUUUUCGUUAUGCUUGCGACACAGGAAUAUGUGUAUUUUAAAAUGAACCUGAAUAUUUUGAGUGAAUAAAUUAUCAUUUUACCAAAAUAUCAAGAAAAUAUACUAUACACAACCUCUUAAAAAGGCAGACCAACAUCUAUUCAUGGCAAAAGCACUUACUUAGUCUCAAUCAUUUUUCAUUUUUCAAAAUGAGUGGUUUUUGACUACGCAUUUAUUGAUUUAUCUAAACCAACUCAACAAGUAAAUGCGUACUUCCGAUUCUAGCUACACUAUCAAAUUAAAUGUAAAAGCCACAAACAAAUUUAAAAAAAUGCAUCAUUUUUAUUAAUAUUGACGAACUAAGGAUACAUUUUGAAAAUAUAGUAAAUUUAAAAUUACGUCAAAAUACAUAUUAUAAUAUGCAAAAACAAUGAAAAAUGCGAUUUAAUAUCAAACUGUAUUUAUUUUGUUCCUAUUAUAUAUUAUGUUAUCAGAAACUCAAAAACUAAAACUUUGUUUUAACAUUAAACAUUGAUAUAUAUGAUACAUACAAAACCUUAGUAAAAAAAUACAUUUUAUAGUAACAGGAGUAGCACUUGCCCCUUGAGUUUUUCCAUGAAUUUGCUCUUAACAUUUUAAAUACGAAAAGUAGCACGUCCUCUGAUCAGUGUUCUCGGACAUGAAACUAAAUGUCUAACGCGCUUUGUGUAUGUUUCCCAUAGCCGAUUUUGAGUUGGAACACGAUCGGACGAGUCGCUCGGAUUUCGACACAAACUCCACCGUCGAUCAUAUGACGUUCGAAAGCCCUAGUAGUGAAGAGGACAAUCUGCUCAUCUGGGAUCCCGUGGUGGAGGCUUGCAACAAGCAUGUUGCACUCUUCCAGGUCGAUUCCGGUAAGCCGUUAAUUUCCGCGGUGGCUAUAUAAAAUAUAAUAUUAAAUCUCUAAAUUAUUAUGUGGAAGUACCAACAUUAAUAUGGAAUUUUCUUAUCGACGUGUGUUUGCAGGACAGGGUUCCAUGGAUCAUCAGAAGGACCUUGAAAAUUCUCUAGAAGUGUUCAACGAAAAACCGGUGCCUAGACCCAGGUAAUUUUCCCUACCGUAGUAUACUCGUAUUAUAGUACGUAUGCAAUUAUUACAUACAUUUUGACAAGACGUGUCAACAAAAAAAUAUAGACGGUAAUGUUUGGUCAGAAUCACGUAUUGUUUCAAGAAAAUUGACAAAAUAAUUUAUCAAGCAAAUUCAAGUUUAGGAAUUGUAUUUAUUUAUUUUUUUGCCGUCGGUACAGGUCCAGUCUAUUUUCGAACACCAUCGACAGUGAAGUUAAUUCAGUAUCUUCAGAAGAAUUGCACGCCACUGUACCGGAAGACGAACCGCUGCCCCCAAAGCCAGGUAUACACGAAUGAUUAUAUGAACUAUUAAUAUAAUUAAUAUAAACUAUAGGUAAAGUUGGACAGUAUUUUAGAUAUAAUAUUAUGCCAUGUAUUGAGGUUCAGUUCUAAAAAGUAUCAAGUAUAUCUUGUUAUGCGAUACUGUAAUCAAUUUAUUUAGUAUUAAGAAUCUAGAUACUAAUUUUUGAAUAUUUUCUCCAUAAUAGAUGCUCAAAGAAGGGGACAAGUUGGAUCAUUUUCUCCCUCGGUCUUUUUGAACAUACAUUAAAACAUCAUAUCUAGUUCACAUCCAUCUUUAUUUAGUAAUUACUUCUACUUUGAUGUAAAACACUAUUGACUUCUUCAUGUAUCUUUCUCUAAUAAUUUUAUGCAUUUUUAGAUUCCGAGCGUAGCGAGGGCGCUAUGGGUUUUACUGAGAUGUUUAAUUUUUUUUUUCUUACAGUCUGUGGACACGUUUUUCCUAGUAAAAUUGCUCCGAUUUUUACAUGUAUUAAUUUUUCGGAAAGCUCAAGUUGUCUAAGUUGUACCUUAAUGUGGUUAUUUUUUAUUUUCAAUGCCAUUUUUUAAAUAAAAGCAUUUAAGUAGGAAAAAACGUGGAAUUUCACGAUUUCAUUAUUUUAUAAAAACACAGACGACGUUUUCUACCAAAAAAAUGAUUUAAUCGAAAAAUCACAAUACACUUUUUUUGUUGCCUUCUUGAAUUACUUUCAUACGGUAUCAUUGCCAACACUUUUGAGCUACUUUUGAGGUUUGAAGGAAUAUUAAUUUUUGGGAGUAUUUUUGCUAUAAUUUGGUUAUAAAUACACGUAGAGACUUGAAACUUAGUAAUAACUCUUAUAUUGGAUUUACCUAGACGUCGUAAAAUUUCCAAAAUCAUCGGACGAAUUUUUUUUUUUAGUAAGCCUUUUGAAAUCAAAUUUAAACGAAAAUCGCAAAAAAAAUUACGGCACUUCAAAUUAUGCAUUACCGAACUAAGCUCGGAAUUGUCUUUUGUCAAGCAAUGGUUUAUCGUUGCUAACAAAUAUAAAUGAAAUAACCCUAUGUAUCCUACCUCCCCAACUNAGCACUUAAGUAGGAAAAAACGUGGAAUUUCACAAUUUCAUUAUUUUAUAAAAACACAGACGACGUUUUCUACCAAAAAAAUGAUUUAAUCGAAAAAUCACAAUACACUUUUUUUGUUGCUUUCUUGAUUUACUUUCAUACGGUAUCAUUUUCAACACUUUUGAGCUACUUUUGAGAUUUAAAAGAAUAUUAAUUUUUGGGAGUAUUUUUGCUGUAAUUUGGUUAUAAAUACACGUAGAGACUUGAAACUUAGUAAUAACUCUUAUAUUGGAUUUACCUAGACGUCGUAAAAUUUCCAAAAUCAUCGGACGAAUUUUUUUUUUUAAUAAGCCUUUUGAANAAAUAACCCUAUGUAUCCUACCUCCCCAACUUCUUACUUACAACAGUGGCCGCUCCCAUCCUCAGUAUUAGCUCUUUUUUUUUCUCGUUUUAUUUUGUAAAUCAUAAUACAUACCUGUCUUGUUUAUGUAAAAAAGGGCUCAGCCCGUAUGUUCUAAAAUAAAAUAUCUGAUAUCGAGUAUUUAAAUACUCAUUUUAAAAUAUCUUGCUUAUUCGUGACGAUAUAGGUAAUAAUAUUUCAGCCUGUUUGUAUUUGCUACAGGUACGAUAGCGGAACGGGAACAUUCCAAAUGGCAAAAGGCGGCACCCUUAGCCAACAAUCCGUACUCGGCAGAAAACAUCGAAAAGCGCAAAUAUAAGUCGUUAUUCGGCAGCCGAAGCAGCAGCGAAGCGUCACUUCAGUAUGUACCUUCUAGUUAUUUUUUUUACACCUAUUAUUCUACUAGUUUUUUUUCACACAAAUUAUUCUUCAAGUAAAAAGUUAUUUUUUUAUAUAAUUUUCUGUUACAUACGUAUAUACAAUCUGUAUGUAAACAAGACAAAUAAUAAAUCACACCGAAAAAGUUUUCUCGCCAAAUAUUAUAAUAAUAUUUAAUUGUUUUUUUUUCUUUCAAGAAAUAUAAACAUCUGCAGCUAUAACAAUGAUAAUAUGUGCAGCUCGUCGAAAAUAAUUUGCAGUCCGUCAUUACCUGACACACAGCGGUAUUAAUUAAUUUAAUAUUAUUAACUAUUUUGAUUUAUUCGACAAUCGAAACGGGCAAGGGAUCAUUUGUUUGAAAAUCAUGUGUUCGAUUGCCGUAUGUUCGAAAUUUUCGAAAAACGAAAAUAACAUGAAUUUUGGUUUUUUAAAUAGAAUUAAUAAAAUAUUUUAACUAUAGUUUAAGUAAAUAAAAAUACUGGUAUUGCAGCUGAUGAGUUAUGUGUCACUGUUUUGGGAAAAAAGUUGAGAGAGAAGUUGGGAGGGAAGAUAAUCAGAAUAAUUUAAUGUAUACCUGUACGCAACGAUAAACCGUUACUAACUAAUAAUGAAUAAAGAUACUGCAUAAAGUAUUAUUGGACAUAUUUUUUCCCUUUUUUACCAAGAUAACUAAGAAAUCAACAAAAAUCAUACAAACAAUUGCCAGUUUUUCUCAUUUAUUAAAAAAACUACAAAAAAUUAGCAUCCUCAAUGCACUAACUAGAUCAAAAAUGCUAUAAAAAAAUUAUAAAACGUUUUUUAUUGGAUUUUUCUAUUGAACAAAUUGUUUACAGACAUAAAACAAAAAAACAUCAUAGUAAAAUCAAUCCAUUCCUCGUUUCGUUCAGAAUCUAUAAAUUGUAAAAUAUCUAAUGUAUAAUCUUAAAUUUAAAUGCCAUAGUUACCUAAUAAAUAAAAUCUAAUAACUUAAAUUGUAAAAUAUUCCUUUAGAAACCCAAUAAUACAGUGUAGUAUUGAUUUUCAGUGAAUUUUGUUUAAAUAAUGAAAAUUAGAUUCCUGUUAAUUUUGUUUUUCGACCAUAUUGGCCUUACUUUUAAACAUUUGUAUUAUAAUAUAGUGGACUAAGGAGCUUUCGAACAUAUUUUGACGUUCAAAUAAACGAUAUUCAAACACAUGACAUGCUCCAAUCGAAACGAACUCCCUGAGAUUUCGACAAAUCGUCGCAAUAAUUUAUUAUUAUUAUUAGCAUAAGCGUGCGCAAGAGUGAGGCAGAGAAGGCCGUGGAUUCCCUUGCUAUAUUUUCCGCCCCCUACACAACCUUCCAUCCAGGACUGGCUUGGAAAAAAUCGAGGCUUUGUGCAGUCAUUUUUAUGAAGCCUCCAUAAGGUUCUUUUUUCCCCUUUUUUUUCUUCCAAUACCAAAUGUAGAUACAUUUUUACAAUACAGUUAUUUAUAGUUCAUUAAUUUUAAUUUGUAUUAUCCUAAAUAAUCAUGUGAAAUUACUAUCUAGCUACGAUAACGACUAAACGCGAGGUCUUUAAAAGCGCGAGGCUCUGUGUGCGUGCACAGCUUAUACUGUAUUCAAGCUGGUCUUUCUUCCAUCAAAGUAUUUAUUAUACAGGAUGAUAAUCAUAACAUAGGGUACUCAUUAUUUCAGAAAAUAUUAACGUUUUUUCGGAACUUGUUUUUUAAAACAUUUAAAAAUAAAUAACUCUAAAAUAUUGCAUUACUUUUAAACGAAAAAAAUUAAUACUUUCCGAAAUAAUGAGUUUCUUACGUUAUAUUGAUCACUUUGUAUACAUAUAAUAUUUUUUUAAUGACACUGAAAAUUUGUUUUCUUAUCAGUUACCGUACUUAUUUUUAUUUACUGUACAUUACAUAGAGCAUGUUUCAUGUUUUUCGUCAAAUAAUAAUUAUGGUAAUACAUCAACGCCCAUAAUUUAAUUUCAAAUAUCAUGUCAUCUUGAGGUCAUAGUUGAAAACAAAUUCGAAGUUCAGGCUCUUGGACGCCCCCUACCACCACCAGCUAUGGUCUUGCGUCUCCAACCAAGAGAAACUGCGCACGCUUAUGAUUAUUAUAUUACGUAUUAUUAUUACGAUAUUACACUACACCGACCUGCUUUUCUAUUAUAUAGGUACGGCCGAGACUACUACAUUAAUCAAUCCGAAGAAUUAAAAUCCAGACUAAAACAGGUUAGUGCUCGCUACAACGACAUUGAUACUUUCGAAAAAUCAAUAGUCUACGGAACUUUGCCCAGAAGCGUGUUUAGGAAUCAGAACGGUACGCGCGAAUUUGUUAAAAAUCCCAUUUAUCACGAAGAUGUUUAGAAUUUCCGAGAUGUAAUGACCACGCACCACAUUAUAAUAUUAUUGACGUUUUGUGUGUACAUAUUAUAAUAUUAUUACAUAUAGUUUUUACCUAUAUUUGUUUUGCCAUGAUAAGUACUAUAUUACAUAGGUACUAUAUGGUAAGGUUUUAGGUUUAUAUGAUAUUUUUCGUGCAAAUUUAAAAAGAGUUACCAUAGUAUUAUUGUUUUAUAAUUACCUACAUUAAAAUAUAAUCUAUCGUUUAUCAUUGAAUUUGUUUUUAUUUGCGUCUUUUCUGCGCAUUUUACUAGAACUUGGCUAGGAUAAUAUUAAAUAUUAGGUCAGGGGUUCCCAAAAUGUGAAGCAUAAAAUAAAUAUUGUACACAUUUCUCGUUUGGAAAAAAUGGUUAAAAAAGGAUUAGGUAAUUAGACUUUAGCAUUCUGGAAUUUAAAUCUAAUUAAAUAAUGUACAUACCGAAAUUAGCAACAAUAUAUCUGUUAAAACCGUUUGCGAUUUUGUAUUUAUUUUGUAUCACACAAGAUUUUUAGCAGUGGUCGUAAUUUAAAUAUCAGUCCAAACCCAACACACGGAAAAAGAAAUGCAUAUAAAAAAAUUAAAAUAAAGUUGCAAAAGUGUCCGACCAAAGAUAAUCUUAUAUUUAUAUUAUUAUCGUCAAGACAUUGGAAGCGACGAGUUUCUGUCUUUGUCUUUGUCUUACACACGUGAGAUAUAGGAAUUUAGACGUGUUUUAAUUCCAACGUACCCAUUGAUCUAGUGAAGCGAUAAGAAUUCUGGAAACUGAUUUGAAUUUAUCGUGAAGUCUAUGAUCCUUGAGAUCAACUUUCUCUCUUUUUAAAUUCACCUCCUAAAAUUCUAAAAUAGCCAUAAUAAUAAAAGAGUAAUUAUAAAAAAUGGACUAUUUAAAUUUUUUGGAAAUUUAAAAUCAAAAAUCAGCUGAUACUGGGAACGGGAGCGGCCACUAUUAAGUAAGAAGUUGGGGAGGUAGGAUACAUAGGGUUAUUUCAUUUAUAUUUGUUAGCAACGAUAAACCAUUGCUUGACAAAAGACAAUUCCGAGCUUAGUUCGGUAAUGCAUAAUUUGAAGUGCCGUAAUUUUUUUUGCGAUUUUCGUUUAAAUUUGAUUUCAAAAGGCUUACUAAAAAAAAAAAUUCGUCCGAUGAUUUUGGAAAUUUUACAACGUCUACGUAAAUCCAAUAUAAGAGUUAUUACUAAGUUUCAAGUCUCUACGUGUAUUUAUAACCNCAAGAAGGCAACAAAAAAAGUGUAUUGUGAUUUUUCGAUUAAAUCAUUUUUUUGGUAGAAAACGUCGUCUGUGUUUUUAUAAAAUAAUGAAAUUGUGAAAUUCCACGUUUUUUCCUACUUAAGUGCUUUUAUUUAAAAAAUGGCGUUGAAAAUAAAAAAUAACCACAUUAAGGUACAACUUAGACAACUUGAGCUUUCCGAAAAAUUAAUACACGUAAAAAUCGGAGCAAGUUCACUAGGAAAAACGUGUCCACAGACUGUAAGAAAAAAAAAAUAAACAUCUCAGUAAAACCCAUAGUGCCCUCUCUACGCUCGAAAUCCAAAAUUAAAAAAUAGUAAGCCCGAUAUCUAGUAGACUCCACGACAAAUCAAAUCUGCCUUCAAAAUCCUUAACGUUUCAUUAGAUCAUUCAGUACAUUGGAAAUAAAAUACGUCUAAAUCUUUAUAUCUCACGUGUGUAAGACAAGACAGAAACUCGUCGCUUCCAAUUCUCUUAAGUUCUUUUAUUAUACAAUCAAAACGUGUAAUUUAAUGUAUAUUUAAUGAUCAUCUAUACAAAAAUAACAAUCUUCGCUUUUUUAUAAAUAUUUUACCAAGGAAAUUGGAAUUCCAAUAUUUCGCUUCGCUUUUUUACGUUAUUGGUCGCUAUUGAAUAAUACAGUACAAUGGACACAAAAAUAUAUUUAUUUUAUAAUUAGCGUUAUAAAUCAUAAUAAAAUCCAAAUUAAAUAUAUAUGGGGUUCCCAAAAAUUAUCUGUGAACUGUGAUCAAUAUCAAUGUACAUAAUACAGGUACCUCAAUAAAACAAUCGUGUGCUUAGGAAUUUUUAUGUAUUUCAAAUUAUUCAUAUUAUAUUUUAUGCGAGUUUCAAUUUAAUACAGUUAAUUAUAUAGUUAAUUAAUAAUUAUUGGUUUUCAUUAUUAUUAUUAUUUCUUAUUAUUGAGAUCUUCGUUUUUUUAUUUUUAUUUUACGGCAACAUAUUGAAUCAGGAACAUUCAGAAGAAGUUCGCCAGCUUAAGCCGAUAUUUUCUCCUUAAAAAGUAAACCGGUAUACUUUUAAGAAAUUCACAGGAUUAACCGGUUAAAAAUUGAGACACACAAGUUUACUUUUUUUCGACUGUUGUAGCAAGGUGGUCGAAAAAUGCCGAUCCCGAUCCCACACCUAACCUGACUUUCCCUUUAUUAUCUGUUAUCACUUUAUGUUAACAAUUUUUACAUUAAACAAUAGUGAUGGUAAACUGCUAAAGAAAUGGCUAAUUUUAAAUAGCUACUAUAAAUAAAUAAUAUUAUGUUAUCAUAUAAUUUUAAUUUCCUUUUUUACGAGCAGCUAAUUUUAUAGCAGUUGGCAAUAUCAGAUAAGCUCAUAGAAGUAUAAAUUGUAUAGAUACAGUACAAAUUAUCAUUUCAUUUAUCUGCUCUUGGCCUUGUCGGCGAGCAGUAUGUGAUUUAAGCAAAUUUUAAAAUUUUUAGCAAUCACUGCUAAUAACAGUCUAUUAUUGCUAUAGUAAAAUAGCAGUGCUAUUAUAGUUGCUACUGCUAUUUCUUACCAUCACUAUUAAAUAAAUUAAACCAAAUUCCUUUUACAAAUAAAUGUUACUACUCACCAGCGAGUACUUAUUGUACUAUUGUCUUAUUCUAUGGUUGUACAAAUAUAUCAAAAAUAUGGACACAACGAUUAGUGCAAUUUUUAUUAAAAAUAAAAUCUUUAAAACUGACCAUUUCAACGUUAUUAUCCAUUUUUAUUUUUGUUAAAAGCAAAUUCAAAAUUGUAACGUCAAUAAUAAUAUGAUAAGCAAAAAGAAUGUCAUGUGAUAACUGGUAAUAAGAAUAACGGAAGGGGUUAACAAAUUAAUUUCAUGAAUUUUUAACUUAACCGGUGUAUUUGUAUAUUAAUUUAGAAUAAGUUAACAGUAAGCUUAAGGAAUAAAGAGUAACACUUAAAAAAAAGGAUUAACAAUAAGCAGAAGUAAACCAGAGUAUGAGUUUUAAGUACAUAGGAACUUUUGUACUAUAUAACGGUAGCUUCCGUGAUUAGAUAAAGUGGAAAGGAGUAAUUUGUUUAGUUUGAGUAGAGUGAAAUAAUUUUUUUGGAUUGACUUUAAAAUAUUUUUGAAUUAAUCUAUUUUACAUUUUUAUGCAGACAUCCAAAACUGGUUAGUAAAUUAGGAAGAAGGGUCUAUGUUCUUAAAAGUAGGGGACGGUUUUUAAUUAGCCUAGGAGAGUCUUUUAAAUAAAUCCGGUCCUGGCAAGAGCUAAAACUAAUAUGAGAAAAAGAAAAUUGUACCAAUAAAACUGCUUUGUGAGAAAAAGUUCAAGAAAGGAAAAAAUAUCUCUCAAUAUAGCAUCAUCAAAUUUAUUGAAUCUUACAUUUAUUACCGUUUACAACAUUUUCCUUAAAUUUACUAUAUUUUAGGUUUUGAGCGAAACGAGGAAUGUUUUGGUUUUACAAUAAUAUAUUUUUUUUUUUAUAUAGAGUACAAAAUUACCACCAGAAAUCUUGCUCCGAUAUAUCAAGCGUAGGACCUUUUCUGAAAGGAAAUUUUAUCUAGUUGGUACCUAGAAGAAGUCUUUUUUUGUUUUCUACGCGGUUAUCAUAAUAAUUAGGUAAAACCGAGAAGAAAUGUAAGAAAAACGGAAAAAUUUACAAAAACAAUGUUUUUACUAUUUUCGAUUUCGUUUUUUUGUUGUUAUUAAAUUUAACUAAUCAUAAGAAUAUGCUUGGCCGGACACUUCUGCACACAACUAUAUGUACAUUAUAAAUAUAUGGGAAAUGCAUACAGAAACAAUGACAAAUUUCAACCCAUUUCAUUUUAUAUUAUUUAAUCGCGGGAAGCGUGAGAAAAUUCUUCUAUUUUUAAGGAGAUUAAACAAUAUUAACAAUAUUGAGCAAUAUUUCGAUGUCCCGGGGAUUAUACACUGUAAUAAUGUAUAGCUAUAGUCUAUAAUAUAGUUAAUCAAAAUAUAAAUUUUACUUACUUACUUGAAUACAGGGGCGUCUCCAAACCUCGAGUAUGAGGGGGGGGCGAAAUAAUUAAAUUUAAUAUUAAUUUUUGAUAAGAAAAAAAGACAUACAUAUAUCGCACGAUGGGUAAACCACUGUUGUAGAUGAGAAGUUGGAAAAGUAGGAUAUAGAGGAAAAUUUAAUGUAUAUUUGUAAGCAAAAAUGAAUCAUUGUUAACGAAAAACGAUUCUGAGCAGAACUCAGUUAAUUGUAUUACUUUUUCAACAAUAGACAUGUCAUAUUACAGUAAAAUAAAUAUUAUAUUGGAACAAUUUGUGUGGAUCAGUAGCUAGAUUUGUUCCACUAAUUUUUACUAAAACCAUUUUUGAUAUUAAAAUUUUUAUGAAAAAAAUGUACUACAUUGAAUUACAUUUUUUUUGUUUUUACUGCAAAGUACGACUUAUAAUUAUUACCUAUUCAAUUUUCGAGUAUUUCUACUUUGUCUAAAAAUUGUAUCCACUGAGUACCAACCAAAUAAAAAUUACUCAUACAAUUAAAGUGCCUAUAAAUAGCCUAAAUAUGCCUUAAAUGUUUUUACAGUUUAACCACGUAAAAAUAGACAAAUAUAAGUUUUCUGUCCAAAUUUAAAAUCUCUACGAAUAAUUUUAACUGAACUGCAACAAAUAAUGUAAUUGAAAAUAAUAAAAAGCAUUAUUUUCGUAAAUUUCCUGUUUUCUUACGUUUUCUCCCGGAUUUUCCCAUAUAUUACGAAAACCACUUGGAAAAUCAAAAAAAUUACCUCCUCAAAUACCAUCUAAACAAUAUUUCCUUUCAGAAAUAGUUCCACACGUACAUAUCAGGGCAUGAUUCCUGGUAGAAAUUUUUGUCACAGUAUAAACAAAAAACAUCUAUAUAAAACCAGUAUAUUCUCCGCUACAUUCAGAAUCUACAAAAUUAUGCAAAAUAAAAUAUUAAUUAUAUUUAUUAUAUCUACUUCUAGACUUAUGACUAGUUAAAUAUCAAUGUAAGUCCACUUCUCUUGGGGAGGGAUCACCCCCAUGGCCCCUCUCAGAGACGCGCCUGCUUGAAUAGUGCAAAUUUUAGUUCAAAGUGUGUGUAAUCUAAUAUUAUUACAUUACAAAUAAUAAUAUUAUUAGAUACCUUCGUUUCUUUGGUUAUAAACUCGUUUGUUAAAUUUUUCAAUCGCACAUUAAAAUCAUAUUAGUAGGUAGUGAAUUUGCAGCAGAUAUCGUUAUUCCAAAAAUUCGAUUCACCGGCCAUCGAAAUAAUGGUAUAAUAAUAUUACGAUUCAAAAGUACAAUAUAAUUAUAUGUUUUAUCUAUAUUAACUCAAUAUAAGUCCUGUUGAGAUUGUGAUCUGUAAUAUAAUUCCACAAUGCACCGCUCGUUCACUACGACUUUUAUUGUUCCAUUGAAUACCACCAAUUAUUUAUCAAAUGAGUCUAUAAGACGUAUGAUGUCUAAUGCCAACAUUGACCCUGCUUUUCUUAUUUAAUUACUUAUAGUUUCAUAUUUUAAUACUUUGUAGUUUUAUUAAUUUGUUAACUAUUUGCUUGCUGUUUUUUUUUGUUGAUCUGCUUUAUUACUUCAGCUGCUGUGGCCAUUAUUUACAUUAUUUUUGUGUUAAGAAUUAUAAUUUAUACAUAAAGAAAUUGUUUUGUUUCAAUUAGUUUGUCCAGUCCGGUAAUUUUGAGAAAAAGAAGUAAAUCAGCAGUUACUUGUUCUUAUUAGUUUUAUUUUUCUUUAUUCCUCUAUAUCAUUAAUUUUUUUCUGGAUAUUAUUGCAGUCCAAAUGUAUAUACCUGUUAUUCACUCGUUAUUAUACUACGAGGGCCCAGCUCGUAUAUUUAUAAUAAAAUAAUAUCAAAUAACGAGAUUCGUAUAUUAUAAAUAAAUAAAAUUGCGUUGUACCCAUACCUGUUUUUAUAAGCGCUCUAUUGUUUCUCGCGGAAAUGUCGAAAAAUCCAAUUUCAUGUAGCCGACUUGUGUGCGUGUGUGUUUGUUGUGUUAGACGAAGGUGUCCAAACUAAUCGUGCAGAUUAUCGACAGUGACGGCGAGAAGUGGCGGACCGAGAAUGGCACACUGGACUCUCCGGGCACUUCGCUGCAACAGCUGACUGUGGGCGACGGCGAUAAUUUUUCGCCCGGUAAUUGCUUCGGACGACAAAACAAACUAGUCCGGGUGUGUUCUUGGUCGGACCGGCGAGACGAUGACGCGCCAAAGAGUCCAAUCGACAAUUCGACCGAUGACGUGCACAUGCCUUCGGUCAAAGAGCUGGCCAAACAGUUUUCAUCCAACGUGAGUAUUUAUUGAGUUUUAUAUUUUCACAUUUAUCAAAAUUAUCAACUGAUCUUUUUUCGGCUUACACUUGAAGAGUUAUUACGCAUUGCCAUCAAUAAAUCACUCCACCGAUUUUUAUGGUCUUACACAUUAUCCUUCGUUUCUUUUUUUAAAUCAAUAAUUGGUUAAAGAGUUGAUAUUUCUCUCCAUCUAUCACCAUAACUAUCGCUUAUACAACUAUUUAAAGAUAUGCAAUAUAUAAUAUAUAUUCUGAGUGGAGAGAGGAAUGUAUUGAUUUUUACAAUGAUGUUUAUAUUUUAGAUUCUAAGUGGAGCAAAGAAGCAUAUGGUUUUACAAAGAUGUUUAUUAUUUUUUUUUUUUAUCCGCGUGCAACUUUUCUACCAGAAUACCAGAAUAUCUUGCUCCGUUUUUUAAAUUAGCAUCUUUUCUAAAAGAAAAUCAGUGUGAGGAGUUACUUUAGGGAGGUGAUUUUAUAAAAUAAGGUUAGGUUAGGUAAAGGGAAUAUAAGAAAUUUAGGUAUUAGUUAAAAAAUAUUAUAGCCUUAUUUUUUCUUGUGAACCACUUUUCUACCAGCAAUUUUGCUCCAAUUUAUAAUAAUAGAACUUUUUCUAGAAGGAAAUUUAGUGGGGAGAUGUUUUAGAGAGGUUAUAAUUUUAUUUUUUCAGGAAUUUUCUCAUCAAAUAUGAAAAACCAAAAAAAAACGUAGGAAACACAAGAAAAUGUACGAAAUUUAUUACUAAAAUUUUACGAUUUUUUUCGUUAAAUCGAUAAAACGAUUCUAAUUAAAGUCCGCUGAUAGUGUUGCUUUGUCAACAAUAUUUAUGUCAUAUAAUGGUAAAAUAAUUACAUAUGCAUUAUAUAUUUUCUUUAGUAAUAUUUAUUUAAUAUUGUAACUAUUUUCCCGUUUUUCCUAAAUUUUUCCCAAUUUUCUCAUGUGUUUUUCAAAUUAUUAUAAAAAAUGCUUGAAAAAACCAAAAAACGACCUCCUUAACGUAUCAUGUAAAUAAAAUUUCCUUUCAGAAAAUGUGCUACACAUAAUACAUCGGAAGAAGAAUUCUGGUAGAAAAGUUUGCACAACAAAUUGAGGGUUAUUUUUCGAUAAAUAUAGUUCGACGAGCGAUGAUUUUCUAGGUACACCCAAAAUGCAUUUGUUUUUUCCUUGUUCAAGUAAAAGGGAAAAAAUAAAUUUAAACAAUUUUUUUUGAAAUACUUGUUUGAACUCACGAUCGUACUUUUUGCCAUAUACUAGAAUGAUAAUAACGUGCCACUAUUAGACUACAAUAAACAUGCUUUAAAUUUGAUAGUAUAGAGUUAACAUAAUAUAUAAUAUCAGAACUUCAAACUGCUAUAAUUUCAGCCCGCUCAAUUCUGAUUUCACCAUCGUUCUUAAAUCGGCAAUAUACCGAGUGAUCCAUUUAUGUGAGUACACUCAUUAACUUAGAAAGUAUUAACUUUUUUUAGAAUUUGUUUUCAAGAACAUUUAAGAAACAAGCGGAUCUAUUAUUUUACAUUCGUGUUAUUUUUGGUCACCCUUAUUUUUGAGAGUAAAACCACUAUCUACUUUUGAUUUUCAAAUGGCAACCUAUAUUAAAAAUUCCAUAAAUAGAUGAAGUUUUAGUUAAAAUAUAUUUGCGUGUUGUAAUUUUUGAUUUCUGUCAAGCCGUUGACGAGAUAUUCCACUUUUAAAUUUAGGUUGGAGGAGAGUAGUGGUGCACUAUUAAUACGCCAUACGCCGUACCACCAUACAAAAGAAUACUUUCCGAAAUAAUGAGUGUACUUACUUAAAUAGAUCCACCUGGUACAUACAUAUGUUCAAAAAAAAAUAAAAAUAAAAUUUCAGAUAUAUUUCACGUGAUUUUUUAUUCAAAUCAUUUUCCAACCAUGUCUGGAAAAGGCAAAUAUUAGUUUCCUGUUCAAAUUUCAAGUCUCUGUAAAUAUAUUUAACUGAAUUCCAAAAAAUAAUAAAAAACAUUAUUUUCGUAAAUUUUUCGUUUUUCUUACGUUUUAUCCCGGGUUUCUCUAGAUAUUAUGGAAAUCGCGCAGAAAAUCAAAGAAUGCCCUUCUUAAAUUACCAUCUAGCCUUGUUUUCUUUCAUCCCACGUGCAUAUUGAAACAAGAUUUCUGGUAGAAUUUUUAUACACAGUAUAAAAAAAUAAACAUCAUAUUAAAAUCAAUACAUUCGUCGAUCGACUCGGAAUCUAAAAGUUAAUUAUAAAUACAGAUAAUAAUACAGUUGGAAUACGCCAUGGUCUAAGAUAUAAUGGAAUUGUGCAUGAGGUGGCAAUGCAUCCCAACGAUUUACAACGUUAUCUUUUGUCUAAAUUAGCAUUACUAACUGUUAAUUUCCAAGAUAAAUAAUUAGCUUUUGGUGGCUUAAAUAAAAAAAUCGUAGAAUUUCUUUUUACACUAGUACAUUCUUUCAAACUACACUUAUGCGUAUUAAUUAUUACUAUUUAUUUAUUAAUUAAAAAUCAUUUUAAAAAUAAAUGCCUACAUAUGAGAUAGAGAUUGUAAAAGUAUGAUUUUUUUUUUUAAGCAAGUAAUAUAAUUAGUACAAAUGUGAUUCCAAAUAAAACCACUGUUAGCGCUAAAACUCGUCCGUUGGUUUACAGUGUUGUUGAUAAGAGGAAACUUUUGUGACCCAUCCACCGUCACCCACCCGUUAUGUCGUGACCAUUCUAUUGUAUCUUAGCCCGUGACAUGAAUUAAGAUAUACAUGAUACGGAACGUUAAGGUAUUAUCAAUGUUUUUCUGAUUGCACCCGUUCUUACUGUUUGGCAUGACAUUACGUGGUGACUGUGGGAUCAGCGUUAAGAUAAUAAAACAUCACCGACUAAGCGGGUCAAAGGAUCCGAAUGCAACUCGUUGCAGCCCUAGGCAGUUUAGUACGGCUUGCCGGUGUUGGUGUUAUAUAAAAGACCCAUAGACGGCAACCUCUGCGACCCUGUGUACGUCUCAAAUAGCUUAAGGCUAAGAUGAGGUGUUUUUUUAUGUAUGAUCCCACUUGCGGGAUGCAUUCAAAUCUGUUUGGCAUGUCAGCUAGCACUUUAAGACAAAAUCAACUAAAAUCAGUUUAAAGUUUAGACUGGAGAAGUCACAGAUAUAGAUAAUAAACUAGAUUGCUAUCUGUGAUUAUACACAGAUAAAUUGUAUCAAAAUUAAUGAACUCAAAAAUAUUUAUUAUGGAAGUUGCCGCGUAUUUCUGUAUACAAUAUUUACAAAUUUUGCCAUCCGAGAAAAUGAUAUGCAUAUUAUUUUCAUAUUUUAUGAACACUCUGUAUACGUAAUCGUUAUCGUUCGUAUUUCCUAUUUAUUUUUAUUGUGAUGUUAAUAAUAUUAUGCAUGAGUUUAAAUUUUGAUAUCUGUAAUCAAGAAAAUAUUACUAUCUGGCGUCUAUUAUAGACACGGUAGUUGUACUCAUCUCCAGUAUCACCUAUUUUUUUUUUUUUUUUUUGUCUUUGCUAAGUAGUAAUUUUUGUUAAGAGGCCCUUUUAAAAUUUAACUCUAGUUCUUUAAUAGUGUCUAAACCUACCGUAUUUUUAGUAAAGAGGUUCUUCUCUUUAUAGAAAGCUUAUUUUACUUGCGCUAUUCUACUUCUUAUGUUCGUCACACUUUUAAUCACUUGUAAUCUUACUUCCUAUAAAUAUGUGAGAUUAACUGAAUCAUUAAUAUAUAUUAAUUUUAAAAUUUUUUUAUCGUUUUAGAAUAUCAACAGCAGCGCCUGCAAGAAUCCGAACAAACAAGUAAGUACAUCGCCAUGUUCUUUCAUUCCGAAGAUAUACCGUCUCCGAUAAAGGAAGAGGUUCGAUUAUAUAUGUAAUUCUUAUAUGUUUGCCGGAGGAUUUGGAAACGACAACGUUUGUGCGAUAUUCGUACGAUCAUAUUAUUCUUCAGUUAAUUUUUUUUUUGAAAGUUCAUUUCAUUAUUAUUAUUAUUACGUUUAGGCAUAGGACAUUAAAAACCUGUGUAAAAAAACUACAUCAUAGAUAUCUAGAAUAUUGUUGUAAUAAUUUUAAUGACGAAUAGUUUUAAACUGUAUCAGAUAAAACAUUGUAUAUUAAAAAAAAAAGAAAAAAAGUCGAUUGCUUAUAAUACUAUUAUUAUAUGGCUUUGACAGUGUGAUAUACAUAUUAUUUUUGAUUAUAAUAUUAAUAAUCUCGUAGUAGUAAUAUAAUAUUUAAUGCGAAAUUUUAUUCCUAUCUGUCUACAUAAUAUUAUAGUUUCGAAAUUAUUUGUAUUAAUUUUAAAACGCAUUAAAUACUUUAAACUACACGGCCAUCUAUUUUGUGAUAAUCAAAAUCAUAAUUUUCCAUGCGCAUAGGUAAUAAAACAUUGAUCUAGUCUGAUCUUCAUUAUUUUAUAUAUACUGUCCACUUAUUUCCUGCAUUCCGAUUAUUGUCCAAUCGGCAAAACUGAUACAAUAGCUAGGUCAUAUGAGAGGGGAAAAAUGAGACAGUUAAGACAGCAUUGAAAUCGUAAAUGCAAAGAAGAUCUCGAGGAAGAUUAAAGCAAAUAUUGAUUGACAAAAUGGAAUGGAUAUUUAAAAUAUUUAAGAAUUGAAAAAUGAAAAGAAAUAGUUUAAGAAAGAGACCGCAGAUAGUGAAGUCACUAUAGCUAUGGCGGAAAAAAACUAUUAAAAAGUAGGUAGGUGUGUGUUAGUAGGAGUGAGAGAGAGAGAUAUAAUACUCGUAUUUACGAAUUUAACUGUCUACUGCUUUUCUUCAUAAUUUUGUCGCAUGGCAUUAAAAAAAGACUGGAAACCGAAUUUGUGACGUCAUAAAUCACAAUCAUGCCGCACGAUCGUGCUACAAGGCAAAAAAAGCUCCGUUUUGUCGCUUAAACAUCCAAGUUCUGUUUAUUACCUAUGUUUAAUGAUCGUUUGGAUCGAGUUGCUACUUUUAGAUUAAUUCACGGUCAAUCUGAUAUUGCACUUUGAUUUCUAGUUAACCUAACUUAAUAACUCUUUUUUUCUCGUGUAGUUCAGUGGUAGAAUUUUAAAUUCCCUUCUUCUCCCAGAAAUCAGCAAUUUUAAUUAAAUUGUCCAUUAAUUGUUGUCGUUUAAAAUCCACGAGCUCUCUUCUUACUGGUAGCAUUGGGCAUUACUAAAUAACUAAUAACGAUAUUGUACGUCUCGGAAAUUCUCAUAAAAUUAUUUGGUCGAUAUACUCUGUCUCAAACUAGAAUACACCGGCUACCGAACAGUUUUUGUUAGUUUCCGUGCAUCUGCUAUAGUAACCGGUCUGCUAGUGACCGCAUAGUGGGAGGAAAAUCGGGCUACGAGUUUCCGCAGUUGUCAGACCCGUCAGUCAGACGAUGCGCAAACCCGGCGUAUUUUAGUUUGAGGCAGAGUAUAGUUAAAAUGUAAAAUAAAUAAAACACCUUAACUGCAUAGUGACAGUAUUAUGAAUAAUUUACGGGCUACCAACUAUACUAUUUUCAGAAUAAGAACGCGCCGGGCAGCGGACUGAAAUCGGCUCGUGUGCGCGCAUGUCUUUACUAACUAAUUAUUAAUAACCAAUCACAGAACAUCUGACGCUGUUUGGAUGCGAGGGCGCUGCGUUCUUAUUCCGAAAAUAAUAUAGUAAGCUUGAAUUAGAGAAAAAAAAAUGAGAAUAGACACUGGUUUUAAUUUAGAAAUCAUCGUUUCAUGUCAGAUAAAUAGUACAGUGACCAACCUACACACAAAGUAAAUUAAAUAGUUGUUAUCACAAUCAAAAAAAUUGUAAAUAAUACCUUACUAUAAACAACAUUAUUAACAUCUUCGUAAAAUCCACUUCGUUAAAUAAAAAAUAAAACAUUAAAUAUUGGGACAGAAAAAAAAAAUAAAAUUUUAGGUUGAUCUUUGAUAAAUCAUCAGCUUAGCUUUUGAAUCACGUGAAGCUAUAAAAAAAAGACUUCUUAGGAUAAUGGAUACAGGUGCAGCCACUUUUAUAGGUAAUUUAUUGUAUAUCUGUAGGCAACGAUAAACCAUUCCUAACGAAAAAACAAUUCUGAGCGCAGUUCAGUUGAUAGUGAUGCUUUGUCAACAAUAUGUAUAUGACAAUAUGUCAUAUUAAAGUAAAAUAAUUAAAUAGUUAUUAUAUAUUUUCUUUAAUAAUAUUUGUUUAAUAUUGUAUAGAUUUUCUAAUUUUUCCCGGUUUUCCCAUGUUUUUCCCCAGAUUAUCACAUUUCCUUAGAAAACUCUUGGAAAAAUCGAAAAACGAACUCCCUAAACCAUGGAGAUAAGUUUACUUUCAGAAAAUAAGCUACACUUGAUACAUUGAAGCAAGAUUUUUGGUAGAAAAGUUUGCACAAUAAAUCGAGGGAUAUUUUUCGAUUAUAAUCGUCCGAGCGAGCGAUAGCUAGGUGUCUAGGUACACUUAAAAGCAUUUUACAGUAUUUACAGUUUGGAUGUGUUUGUUUUUUACCAAUUUAGAUGAAAGGAAAUGUAAACAAUUUUUUUUCAAACCUCGGGGUUCAAACCUGCAACCCCUAAUAUGACAAUACGUAUUCAUAACCAUUCGACCAUAAUAAACGUAUGAUAAAAAAUUCAAAUAGAGUUAAUAAAUCUAUAAUUUCGAAACUUAGGCAGACUGCUCAAUUCUGACUUUACCAUCCUUCUUAAAUCGAAAAUACGCGUAUGUUCAAAAAAAAAAAUUGAAAAAUUAAAUUUGUUCCACAUAAUUUUUUACUCAAACAAUUUUCGUCAAAAUAUAGUAUCAAAAUUCCUUUAUAAAAACAAAUACUACAUUAAACUCAAUUUUAUUUUUUUACCACAAAGUAAAAUUUGAUGAACCUCCCUUUUAAAUUUUCAAGCAUUCCGUUAAUUCUUAAAGUUUUUGAAGAUUUGUCCACGUCUAAAAAACGUAAAUAUAAAUUUUCUGUUUGAAUUUCAAGUGUCUACGAAUAUUUUUAACUGAAUUACAACAAAUAACAAAAUUGAAAAAUAAAAAAAGCAUUAUUUUCGUACAUUUCCCGUUUUUCUUACGUUUUAUCUUGGUUUUUUCCUAGAUAUUAAGAAAACCGCUUUGAAAAUCAAAAAUUUACUUCACAAAAGUACCAACUGGACAAGAUUUCCUUUCAGAAAUGAUACCGCGCUUAUAUAUUUGAGCAUGAUUUCUGGUAGAAUUUUUGUACACAGGAUAAAAACAAAAAAAUUAAAAAAUAAACAUCUUAGUAAAACCAAUACAUUCUUCUCUACACUCAGAAUCUAAAAGGUACAAUUGAAAAACCAGUAACGGAUUUUAGAUUCAGAUUGGAGCAAAGAAGCUUAUGGUUUUACAAUGAUAAUUUUUUAUUGUUUUGCGAAGACUUGCUAAAAUUUUUAAGUGUAGCACCUUUUUUGAAAGGAAAUCUGUGUGGGGAAGUACUUUAGGCAGGUCAUUUUUUGAUUUUCUCAUCAAAUGUGAAAAACCGAAAAAAAAAAACGGGAAAAUGUACGAAAUAUAUUAGUAAAAUAUUACGAUUUUUUUUUUUUUUGUAGACUACUUUUCUACUAGCAAUUUUACUCCAACUUAUAAUGAAAGUAAUUUUGUAUAAGAAAAUUUCACUGGGGAGGUACUUUAGAGAGGUCGUUUUUCGAUUUACUUAGGAGUUUUGUCAUCAAAUUUGAAAAACUGAAAAAACCAAGGAAAACAGGAAAAUAUAAGAAAUAUAGAUAUUAGUUAAAAUGUAUUACGGCCUUUUUUUUCUUAUGAAUAACUUUUCUAACAGCAAUUUUGCUCCAAUUUAUAAUUAUAGCAGUUUUUUUGAAAGGAAAUUUUACUAGGAAGGUACUUCGAUAAUUUUUCGAUUUUUCCAAAAGUUUUCCCAGCAAAUGUGAAAAACCGGGAUAAAACAUGGGAAAACUGGGAAAAACGGUAUAACAUUAAACAAGUAUUUUAAAAAAAAUGUAUAAAGCCUAUUUAAUUAUUUUAAUGUAAUAUCACAUAUAUAUUGUUAACAAGGCAUCACAUCAACUGAACUCCGUUCAGAAUCGUUUUUUCAUAAGCAAUGAUUUAUUGUUGCUUACAGGUAUACAUUAAAUAAUCUAUAACAAUAGUAGCACCCACCCUCAUUAUCUUAAGGCAUUUUUUUUUAAUCUGUGAGGGUAUCGUAAGAACAUAAGUAAUAAGGUUUUCGUUCAAUAAAAUUUAUUUCGAUAUUUUGACUUUUUUUUUACCCUUAAUCCAAAAACCAAAGAUCAAUAAUCGAAUUUUAAUUUUAGUGACAAUAAUAAAUAAUAUUGGUUAACAGUUAUGCUGUUCAAAUAAAGACAGACGCUUCCAAUAAAAACGUGCUUAAUAUUCCUUGAUAAAUUAAAUGUAUUAAAAAAUUAAAGCACAUUCAGUUCACAUGUAUCCCUCUCAAGUCGAAUACUGCCAAAUAAAUAGGUUGCAUAGAUAGGAUAUCAAAAUUUGCAACAUUCAAGAUGCAGUGAAAAAAUACAAACAACAUGUCGUUAUCAUGGUUAUAUUAGCAUAUACAAUAAUGUGCACAAAUCGCCAUAGACGAAAUCCGCCAUAUUGAAGAACGAAAAAAUGUACAGGUCUAGUUUAAGGAUGGCCUAUCAAUUGUUUAUUAUCCAUAUUACCUAUUAUAGUAUUAUUUAUUAUCUAUCACAAUGAUAUUUGUUGUACCACAAUUAGUACUAGGUCUACAUGUCUACUCUAUAAUUUGCGUAAAAAUAAGAAAAUUAAAAAAAUAUAGGUACUAAGGUAACCAGUGACGUAUUUAGUCCCGCUUGAUUUUUUUAUUUUACUACCUUGUUUUUUUGGUGUGCCUAAUACGGCCUUGUUUAUAUGACUUUAACUGAUCGAUUUUGCAGGUACACAGUUUGACGGCCAGGAGCCUCAGCCGCGAAUACAGGGAAGGAUUGGGUUUGAAGGUGCGCGAGAAAAACGAACACGCAAUACACGAUUCGGACGACAGCGGAAACGGAUCGGCGAAAUCCGUAGACGCUGCCGUGGCUUGCGGUCUCGUCCGGUCGCCUGAAUAAAACACUUGCAGUCAAUUAAUACAAAUAAUAAAUGUAUUAAUAUUAUAAUAUUACUCAGACAUAUAUCACCCGUUAUCAUCUUAUUACCUAUAUAUUAAAUUAUUGUUAUUAUUAAUAUUAUUAUUAUUAAAAUAUA